UCAUUGAUGAAAGAAUAAAGCAAGUAUUUUUGAGUACCUGAUAUGUACAAGACAUUGGGUUGAAUACUGUGGAUGUGAGAUGAUAGUAAGUAAUGUAAAAUAAGUUACAGAAAGUCCCUGGGGUUGAGAACAUCCAACUUAUGGGCAACUCGUACUUAAGAAUGGACGACCAUAAAGCGUAUUAUAUUAAAAACUUGAGUUAAAUACCAUGAUUCACAUGUACUACUUUGUGAUGCUCAUGAAAACGUUGUGCAGUUUGGAAGUGUUUAAGUGUUUUAUAUACAUAGAAAGGUAAAAUGUAUACUGUAUACUAAGAGAAGCUUGACUAACUGACACCAAAUAAGAAAAGUAUGUACCUGUUCUGACUUACUUACAAAUUCAACUUAAAGGCAGACUUAGGGAAUGGAUCUCAUUUGUAACCCGGGGACUGCCUGUGUGUGCAUGGAACUGUCUGAGUUCUGUAAUACAGGCUUGGCAUUGAGCUAGCUGUUCAGCUUUAUGAAGGUGAACAUAGAAUUGAUGUGCGUCUACUAUCUUAUAUUUAGAAAAGAUAAACUACUUACUAAUUUUUUUUUCUUUAUCAUUUGUAUAGCCAUACUGUUUGUUUAUAACCAAAGGAGAUGUAAAAAAUUAUACAUUUUCUAUUUCGGCUUUCUAAUGGUGUCCUUAAUUGGUGAUUGAGAAAUGGGGUUCUAAAGUGUAGGUUUAAUAUGAAUCAUGGGCUGAUUAAUAUAUUAAUUGUGGAAUGUUUGCACCUAUGUUCCUGAGACGCUGUUCAUCUUUUGUCUCUCCUUCAUCAAACAUUUGCUCCUGUUGCUGAAGAGUAUUUUAGAUAAUCGAUCAGCUUAUGCAAAAGUAAAUGUUUACAAGAGCACUUUUGAACAUUCGGGUUGCUUAGACUAACUGGAAGAGAUACAUAGCUAUUUAUAUUCAUCUUCUUUUCCUAUAAAAUGAAAAUAUAUUGUUUAUAGAGUAGCCAUGUGAAUAUCUCUGUUAGAGUGCUGUAUGCUAAACAGGAAUAGAUGAACGAGUUACGUGGUUUGAAUCCUAAGUUUUUUGUUAUUUUUUUAAGAGGGGGUGUUUAGAAAUAAGCAUACACUGAAGUGGAGAAAAGAAAUUCAUUCUCUGAUGAUUUGUCACCACUCUAACUUGCUCAUUCUUUUCCUAAGGUAUAAAUAUCUGUCAGCUCAGGAUCUUAGGACCAGACAACCUUGGUACCUGAAGACUAGGGAGGGUGGAAGUUUCGUAUAUUUUCAGUGAUUUAUCAAAUAUGCUCAGGUAUUUGGAAUAAUUUAAUAAUGGUAUCUCAGGUCUCUGCCGUUUCACACAAUUCCCUGUGCUCAUCUUCUUCUCUCAGUCAUAACUCGUCUCUUUCUACACUGCGCCAGGAUCAGAGGUUCAUUUUCAGCAGCAAGAGGGCAGCUGAGAACAGAAUUUCAGCAAGAUUCCAACUGUAUCGGCUGAUGAGAACUAAGUAUAUGCCCUAGCGUUGGCACAGUUAGGCUUACGGUAGAAAAAAAGCAAACUUUUAAAAAUGAAGCACUAUGAAGAAGAGACUUGGUGGGUGUUAAAAAUGAAUGUGUUAAAGUAUACGUUAUGGACAUUACCACAGAAGAAUGUUUUUAACACUCAAAAAGUGGAAUAGUUUGCUUAGAUUUAAGAUAACUUCUGUAUUAUUUGAUCAAAACAGUAUGGUAUAUAUUAGAAGUAGCAGUUGUGAAGCGAGGGAUUGAAGUCAUGGUUAAUAAUGUUUUUCUAGGUAAGAGAACAAAUAUUUGCUGCAGAGAAAAUAAUCCCAACUUUAAAGAGACUAUUUUUAUAAACAUUAUGUAUUCCAGUGCUUGCAUUUGUAAAAGCUGUUUCUCACUAGUUUGCUGUGAAAAGUGCUGUUGGGAAAUUAUUGAUUUCUUUCCCCCUCUUAACUCUUUGAUGCUCUAGAAAACCAGUCUUUCUUAAGUUCAGGAAAACUGUUAGAACUAUCUUUCACUUCUGUUUUGAUUUUUCACUUCCUAAUUACUGAUUUAGCCCAUCUUGGUGUUUUAUACUAGGAAUGUAAAGGUAAACCUUAUCAAGAAAAAGUGAGGGUAAACCUGAACUUAAUUAGGCGAUGGUAGUUAGAGAGUCCACAUGGUUUUUUUGUUCUGUUUUUACAGUAGGAAGAAGGAAGUUAAUUUUAUCAUGAUGAUUGUAAACUAUGUCAUGGGGCAGGAAUUUAGUUCUUAAAUAGCUGAACUGCUCUUUGGUUCUUUUUGCUCUUGCUAAAAUGAAAAGGAGAGAGGCAACGAAUUACGUCAUACUUGGUCUUUUCUUUCAUCUUUCAAUAUAAAAUAUUCUUCUAACAGUUUUUUUUUUUUUUUUGGUCUUUUCUUUCAUCUUUCAAUAUAAAAUAUUCUUCUAACAGUUGCAUCAAAAAGGUGAGUGGUAUCAUUUCUUGUGCAGAACGGUGUACAUCUUUUCUCCAACUUACAUUCUUAAUUUCAUUGCUGGAAAGAAGGAAAUUGUAAUUGAUUUUACUGUGUAAUUGCACUCAGAGAUGUAGAGAUUCGGGAGUCCCAGAUGCUACUUAGCAUAAACCAGACAUUUAUAACAGAGCCAAUAAGCAAGCUAUAUAGUUUUAUAUUUGGAUAUGUAUUUAACAGAGUAUUUUAGUAUCUAAAGAACUAGAGGCAGCCAUUGACUGUUUAGUUAUGCUGUUAUUUCAUAUACCACCUCUCUCCCCAGUUUACACUCGCUUGUAUCCCACACUCCUGCACCCAUCAACCUUAUUAAAAUUGAGCUGCUGAAAUGAUUUCCUCCAAAGAAAACUCACUUUAAAAAAAAAAAAAAAUUAUUGUGCUUUAAGUGUAAGUUAGCAAAUCAAGUCAGCCUCUCAUACAAAAACUUAUACACACCUUGCUCUGUACCCCUAGCAGCUGUCACCCUAAUGAGACAGCACACUCCUCCUCUCCACCCUGUAUUCCCCGUGUCUGUUCAUCCAUCUCCUGUCCCCCUGUGCCUUCUCAUCUCGCCUCCAGACAGAAGUUGCCAACAGGAGUUGUUUCACGUGUCUCCUUGGAGCCAAGAAGCUCACUCCUCACCAGUAUCAUUUUCUGUCUGAUAGUCCAAUCCAAUGCCAGUUUGGAAGAGUUGGCUUUGGGAAUGGCAAACUCACAUUUGAGUAAUGGUUGAGGUCCUCUUGUAGGUCAGCAAGGAAGAAUAUUUAUGAACCUGGGAAUCCUGACUAAGGUUCAAACUUUUUUCUGUUCUUUUGACUUUCUUUUAAGAACUUCUGCCUCCAACACAAUCACCUCCUCUAUUUGUUCAGUUCUGUGUAUUCAUGUUUUCCUGUAUUUUUCCUCUUUUCUCCUCUCCUCGAUUUGUUUUGGUAUGAUUUAGAGGAUUAGGGUAGAGAAUAACUUUUUCUCAAACUUCCAAGUCAUUUUGAGUGUGGUAUAACUGAUACAUUAAUAAAAAAUUCAAUUAAGCUUAAUAUUUAUUUUCUUCUUUAUGUGUUCUAUAAUGUUCUGUUUAGGGAGGGAGAGAAGGAGUGGAUUAAAGACUGUAACAAAAUGAAUGCAAUAGCAUGGGACAGAAAUAUAAUCAGGAAAGCUCAAAGUUAGAUAAGAAAGUGAUUCCAAGGGGGUAUAAAGAGAACAUUGAGAAGAAAGAGAGGAAAAUGAUACUUUAUCUGUAACUCCAAUAAGCAUUGAAAUCCCAUCCUUAGAUGUGGCUCUUUUGUCCACUAGUAUCUAGAAAAAGGAAUUCUUCAUCUUCCUGAGGAAGUUCCCAUUAAGAACAGGCUCUCUUUGAUUUAAAUGGUUGUGAAUGUUAGUUUGCCAUACUAUGUCUACUCUUUUUUUUUUUUUUUCAGUUUAACAUAAUACUAUUAUUAUCUUGUCUAUUAUUAGCUCAGGAAACCCUGGUGGUGUAGUGGUUAAGUACUACAGCUGCUAACCAAGAAGUUGGUAGUUUGAAUCCGUCAGGCGCUCCUUGGAAACUCUGUGGGGCAGUUCUACUCUGUCCUAUAGGGUCUCUAUGAGUCGGAAUCGACUCGACGGCAGUGGUUUUGGUUUUGGGUUAUUAUUAGCUCAUAGUUCUGUAGGUCAGAAGUCCAAUUCUCUGCUCAGGGUCUCACAAGGCCAAACACCAGGUUGGAGUGGGCCCUUAUCUGGAGGCCCUGGGGAAGAAUCUGCUUCAAGUUCAUUCAUGUUGUUGGCAGUCUUCUGGUCAGCCAUAGGUCUGAGGUCCCCAUUUCAUUGCUGUCAGCCAUGGUCUGCUGUCCAUUCUUAGAGGCCACCGCUUCCUUCUCAUGUGCCCCUCUCCAUCUUCAAAGCCAGCAACAGCAUCUUGUCUCUCUGACUUCCCCUUUGGUUGCCACCUGGAUAAACUUUCUGCUUUUAAAGGACUCAACUGACUGAAUCAGGCCUACCAGGUUGAUCUCUGUAUCUCAAAGUCAACUGACUUCGGACUUUAAAACCCCUUCACAACACAGUACUGCUUUUAUAUAUAUGUGUGUGUAUAUGUAUGUAUAAAUAUGUGUGUGUGUGUGUGUAUAUAUAUAUAUAAUUGUGCUUUAGAUGAAAGUUGAUGGCUCAAGUUAGUUUCUCAUUCAAAAAUUUAUGCACAAAUUGCUUUCUGAAACUGGUUGCAAUCCCCGCAGUAUGACAGCACUGUCCCCCUUAUCUCUACUCUUGUUUGAUAUUUCUUUUUCAAAUGAGAUGAAUGCCUUCUUGUAGAACACAUUUUGUUUCUUUUAUAGGACAGUACCUGCCCCUCAAAUCAACAGUAGACACUUGAAAGUGUCUUUUCAUUUGUUUCAAAUACAAACACAAUGUAACAGGAGAACCUGAGCUAUAGCUAUAUGAGUGUCUCAGAGGUGAUGUUUUCUCUCUCUCUCCGAGUACUUUAUGUAUUUUAGAUACAGUACUAUAUUUGGAUAUGUCACUGCUUCUUGUCUCUUAUAAAAAAUUUAUUAGCAGUUUCACAUACAUAGCAUGGAUUGUAAGGAAGAGACAUACCCAAGAAGCUUAAAUAAUAGGAACUUAUUGUAAGAUACUUGGGGAAUUGAGGCAGCACAGGAAACUGGCUCAGGAGCCAAGUCAUCGUCCUGUGCCGUGCUUCAUAGACUGGAAUGUACAGUGGUCCUCAUGGAGAAUUGGGAUAGUGGCUCGUUUACAUUCCUGAUUCAGCCGCAGCUUCAGUGGUUCUACUUUAGUCCUUUUUACACGUUGCUCAUUUAAAUUUUCCUUAUGUAGUAUCGCUAGGCAGCCUUGGCUCAUAAUCCAUGGUCUGUUUAUUUGUGAUCAGGAAGGUAGAGUUGGUUUCAUGAAAUGCGUUUUCUGGCUUUGUAAGCCAGCAACUUUAUGCAGAAGGAACAACCUAGGUCCUUUCUUCUUAGAAAAUGAUUGUGGUAGGAUCUUAGAGCUUAAUAAACUAUUUAUUGCACCACACAACCCAGUUUGUUUUAAAUCCUCUCUUUUAUUGGUCCCUAAUUGUUUGAUCUACAAAGCUUGCCUUCUCAUCUGUUUUGUCAGCCUCUUAAAGGCAGAAAGCAUUGUAUGCUUCUUUAUUACCACCCUUGACACUCAGCCCAAUGCCAGCCACACAGUGUUUACUGCUCGGUGUAAUUUUAGGUGUGGUUCACUAAGGGAAGUCACAAGUGAUGGAAGUUUACUGUUUUUCAUAAUCUUUCAAAAGGUAUUUUUACAUCUGUUUGCUUAAAGAAAUUUGAAUCUGUUUUACUGAUCCAAGAAGUAGUAAUGCGAGCAGCGCUGAGUCCUGGCCGAGGGCUCAGUUAGAGAGGACCACUCUUUUGCACGGUUUAGGGUUGCCGUAGCCAGAGAUGCAGCAGCUUUGUUUCCUGUCUGUGAACCUAAGCUUUAGAGCUAAAGAAUUCAUCUGGGGGAAAUCUUGAGCAACUUUCUAUUUUGAUAGGUAGAAAUUUGAGGUACUUGCAUCCUCAUUUUUUAAUAUUUAGCAGAAGCAGUUUGGGGGUGGAUUGUUGUUAGACCUUACACCUUCUUUUGUAGAGAGGGGAUGGUGCCUUGUGUCUGUAUAGAUCCAACCAGCAUGAGACAGAAACUUAAAAGAGAAACUAUAGGAAAGACUGACUGUUGUAGAAAAGUUGACUAGUGGUGUUAUUUGUUCAGAAUGUUUGCAAAGGUUUAUUCCCAUGAUGGCUAUAAAAAAGAAUUUCAUGUAGUAGCAGUGACAUUUCCUAGAUUAAUACCUAAUUCAUGCUUAGAAGGAUGCUAUGAUGAUUCCUUGAUGUAUGUUAUUUCUUAGAAAUUUAUGUGUUGUGUGUGUGUGUGUGUGUGUGUGUGUGUGUGUAUUCACAAGCAGGAGGAUUCCUUAGUAAUCAAAGGAAAUUUGUCAGUUUAUAAGGUCUACUUCAAAAGGAUACAGCUCUGUCUUUAGUUUCUGAAACUUCACAAUUGAGCAUACACAUGGAUCUUGGAGUUUGGCCAUUUUCUUAUCUCCCCUUUCAAGGCUUUUCAGCCAAAUUCUUUCUCUAACUAGAGGAAAAAAAAAAAAGUGAAUAAAUGAAUUUUGGAAGAUAGUUGCACUUUAAAAAGUCUUAUCUCAGAAGAGAUACUUUAAAGAAGCCUUUUUCUGGAAGACUUUCCUAAUUAAUUUUUAGUUUAAUUUAAAGUAUACUUUCUCAUUUAGGUCUAAAGCACAUUACAAAAUAUAGAGCAGAGCUCUGAGUAUCUGCUCAACUAAGGUUUACUUAAUGGUUACCUCAGCAACAUGUUCUUUAUGUAGCCAUUUUUUAAUUUUAUUUCAUUUAUAUUCAAAUACUAAAAUCUUUAAUGUAUAUGACCUUUAUGUCUUAUGAAUCUCUUUCACAUACGUAAUCUUGGCAGUUUCUUCCAUAUAAGAAAGUAGGUAUUCUUCGUCUUAUGAAUGAGAAAACUGAGACAAAGGACACAGAAAUGGUAAUCAGUAGAAACCAGUAACCAAUUGCAAUGGAGUUGACGCCAACUCAUGGCAAGCCCAUGUGUAUCAGAGUAGAACGGUGCUCCAUAGGCUGAUAUAUUUAUUUUCAAUUUUCAAAUGAUAUAUGUGUAUAUAUAUAUAUGUGUAUAUAUAUAUACACACACACACAUAUACAUUUGAAAAUUUCUUUUUAAAGAUAUAAAAUUGGUUAUGAAUUGGAGGUCAUACAUUUUUAUUUGUUAGUUAAUUUGUAGAACUUACCUUCUUUUUUUAUUUUUGGUGACAAUACUCAGAAUAUUGUAUACUGUCUUACCCUUCACCAAAAUUACCGCUUAUCUAUUGUCUGUUUAGUGUUUUUCCAUUCUCACCCCUCCUAGGGACUCCAGUAGAACUAGGCAAUAACUGAUGUACUCGAAUACUGUGGUUUUUUUCUUUACGUUUUUGUCCUCCUUUUGUGUGUGUUGCAGAUUAAAGUUGCAGAUUAGUAAGUGGCAAAAUUACUCUAGCCCUUCAAAGCUAACCAUGUUUCUUUGCCAGAUCUACUGGGCAGUUUUAUUGGAGUUAUUUUUGUAACAAUUCAGAAUUUUCUGUUUUUUAAUUACUUGGUUAUAAAUUAGUUGCUUUAUUAGGUUACACUUUUGUAACACUGAAGAUUAAUGGUCUGAAAGAUUAUAAUAUAGCACCAGAUUUCAAACCGGAAUAGAAUAAAUAGACCUUGAGAUAUCUAGUUUCUGUUUUAAACAAUAUCUGAAAUUUCCAACGUGCUGGAAAAAAAGUGUAUUUACCAUGUCUUAAAAAGGAAGCAGUUUAGCCAAAAUCGGCGCUAUUUUAAUCAUUGUUGCCCUAGAACUUCUCAUAGAGAAGACUGUUUUUGUGUAAAUGAGCUUUGUUAUGGAUUCUGUAUCUGGUGUGCCAGAUACUUGAGACAAGAAACUUUUGAUCUUGAAAAUCUUGUUAAAUAUGAGUUACUUUUGUGUGGUUUUAGGGGAUUUAGUCAUUUGUUCCUUGACUGUAUAAUGGAUUGCUAAACUGAACAUUUAAAAUGUUGCUAUUUGGACUUUUAAAUCGCAAACUCUAAAGUAACUUGCUUUAUUUUUGAUAAACGAUUUUCAGUAGUCUGUGUAACUAGACUUGUGUAUGGAAUAGCCGUGGACACAGAGAAUUUGUUAAAACUCAUGAAUAAUUUCAAGUCUCCAAAAUUCUCAGGAUGAUGCACAAAUCGGAGCAGGAGAAUUUUCCGAUUGCUCAUUAGUAGUCUUUUUUAUUUUAUAAUGUGUUUUUCAUAUGUUCCUCAUGUUUAAAUGCCCUUUUUAGGUUGCAUGUUUCCCCCGGGCGGGGACCAAGUCUGUUCGUUUUGUUUUGUCUUUCUGCAGAGUCCGGUGCAGUGCAUGCUCUGUGCAGAGCAAGACCUAAACAGCCGUUAACUGCUCAGACCCAUUAAUUGCGUAUUGGACCCUUUUACCUUAUUUUUAUGUCCUGCUGUUCAAAAGAUUACUAGAGAUAGAAUUUGUAGAAACAAAGGAAGAAAUGAAAAAAAAAAAAAUCUACUUUGAUGUAGAUGGACCUUUUUAGCUGUGAAAUGGAGUCAGUUCUGAAAGAGUUUUGAAGUUACACUGAAGAAAUGGUGGGAUUUAAUAAUCGAUAGCCUAAAGUCCUGCUGGUUUUCUUUUCAUCAAAUUUCAGAUUUUUCCUAAAGAGCGAAGAAAAUAUUUCCCCAAAUCAGAACUGCUUCCUAAGAGAGAAUAUUUCUUCACAUCAUGGCUAUGUGGGAAAAAAUGUUUUUAAUUAAACAACUCAUAGAUGCAGUCUGUAGAGACCUGCAUUCUCUUUGCAGUUCUGCCACUCAGUGCAUUUCCUUUGUGACCUUGGACAAAGCACUUAGUCUCUCUUAUCUUCAGUUUCUUUAUCUGUACAAUGAUAAAGUAGAUUCGAAUUGUUGCUCUACCUCUAGUAUUCUGUAGUUUUCUUAAAGCUGUGUGUGUGUACUUGUGUAAACUCACUGAAGUUACUGAAAUCAUUCAGUCUAGUAGAGUUAGUACAUUUUAAGGGUUUUGAAAAACAACCUUAAAAGAAACAACAAAAUGUCAAAUUACAAAGUGUGCCCACAAAGUAAUGAGUUUGAUUUUUUAAGAGCUGGAGGUUUUGUUAUUUUUUUAAUAAUGCUUGUAUGGUGCUUACAUCUGUCAAUCUUUAAUCUUCAAGAUAUCCCUAUGAGGUCAAUGUAAUUCUUAUCCUCACUUAACAGAUAGGGAACGUGAGACACAGAGAGUUUAACUGAUUUGUCCAAGGUAACAGAGACAGAAUGUAACCUAGGCAGCUUGGCUCCAGUAUCUUGUGUUCCUAAUGACUUAGCUAUAUUGCCUUUCUAGGACUUUUAUAUCCAAAUGUCAUGUGUUUCAAAGUAGUCAACUUGGAAUUUAAUUCCAUUGAUCUGUCUGUUCAAAACAUACUUUGAGUUUCUUCAGGUUCAUUUUCCAAAAGAGAACAAGACUACAGAUAAAGCUCUGUGGAAAACCAGUCCUUAUGCUACUUAAAAUAAUAGCGUGGGAGAAACAAGAGCCAGCAGGGAAACAGAAGAAAUUAUUAGAGAUAUAGAAGGAGGAUUGGAAUGAUAUAGUGCAGAUGAAGGGAAACAAAUCAAGAAAUGUUUAUUUUAAAACAUGAACGUCAAGGAAGAAUAGUUCAAAAGGGAGAUGGUCAGCGCUAUCAGAUGUUAGAGAGCUUGCUGAAGAAAAUCCAUUUGGCUUGUAUAAACUUAGAAGUCAUUGGUAACUUGAGAUUAUAGUUACGGUAGAGUAGUCAGAACAAAAUCCACAGUAGAGGCCGUUAGGAGAGAAUGUGAAGGAAAUGAAGUGUUGGGUUUGGUAAAUUUGGCCUUGAAGGGAAGGGGAGAUAGCAUGAAUGCAGUUAAAGGGAAGAGAACUAAGGUUUUUUUAAGGAUCCAAAAAAACCCCAUUAUCCUCAAGUUGAUUCCAACUUAUAGUGACCCUACAGGGCAAAAUAGGACCACCCAUAGGGUUUCCGAGGCUAUAAAUCUUUAUGGACGCAAACUGCCACAUCUUUCUCCCUUGGAGCAGCUGGUGGGUUAGAACCACUGACCGUUUGGUUAGCAGGCAAGUACUUAACUGCUGUGCCACCAGGCCUUCUGUUUUCAAGGAUAGGGGAGAUAUAAAGUAUGAGGUAGAUAGAGGCCCUGUGGUUAAUUUGUAUAUGUAUAAAUAUAAGAAUACAGCAUAAGUUUUAUUCUUGACAGAUGUUUUAAAGAAAAACAAGUCAAGGUUUUUUCCUCAUCUGUAUUCGUGUUUUUGUGUUUAAAGCAAAACAUACAGAAAAUUGAACAAUUUUUGUUUGUUGAUUUGCAGUAGGACUACAAAGAAAAGUGAAAGGGAGUAUGGAAUUAAAGCCAGAUUUAAAAAAAGUAAAAUCAUAUUUAAAAUCUUUCUGAGGCAUAAAAAGUCUUCUAAAUCUUAAAUAGUUGUUUUCUUGAUAAUGGUAAAGGGUUUUUAAAGUAUAAAAGUUGAUAGAACAAUUUCUAGUUUAAUUUUUAUGUAGAUCAUCUUAGAGUUUUUCCUCAUAUACAAGUCAGAAAACUAGCAAAAUAGCCUAUUAAAUGAUUUUAAAUCUAAACAAAAUUUGGUACGUACUUUUUGUUGAUGUCACAAAAUUUAAUUAUGGAGGAAGCAGCUGUUAUAAUUAGGAAAGCUGAUGAUUUAUGAUCUGACUCAGGACUAAGGUUUGACACACUCAUGUCAUCCCCUGCCCUCCCAUUUGCAAUGAUUUGUUCAUUUUGGACUCUGAUUUAUUUAACUUUUAACACCACCGGCAAAUCUGAACACUGACACUUAGUUGGUUUUUCCUGAAAAAUCUUAAGGCUAAUAAUUAUGUGAUAUUAUUUCAAGCUAUUGCUGCUGAUCUACUAUGAAGGGCAUUUUAUGGGUAGGCUUUGAGGAGUUUCCAAUUCAUAGGCUGGGAAUCACGCUGGUAGCUUAGCAGGAUGGAUGAUUAGCUGAGAAUAGGAGUUUAGCAUAUGCCCAACUAUGUAAUUAUGUAAUUGUUUGUUUAAUAUCUGUUUCCCCUGCUAGGCUGUAAGCACCCUGAGGGCAAGAAUCAUCUCUGUGUUAACCAUCACGCUAUCCCUGGCACCCAGCAUAGUGCCAGGCAGGUAGCAGGUAUUCAGUAAAUAUUGAAUGAAUGAACAAGUGAAGCAACUGGAUACUGAAUGUCCAUUUGACAUCAUAUUAUUCUAAUUAGUUUGUAGUAUGAGCAUAAUGUGAUAGAGAAUCAGCUCUUCUUGAGUUUUUUUUUUUUUUUUUUUGAGGCUAUCCAUUUCCUAUGGUAAAUCUAGAAAUCAGUAUUUGAAAAUUAGUGAUUUCAGGUGCAUUUUUAAAAGGCGAGGUGCCAUUUUGCAUGUGAGAAACUUAGGGGAGAUUUAGGAUCUUCGUGUUUGUAAGAUGAAACACUGAUCUUAGUAGUAUAUGGACAGAGAAGAUUAUCUUUCAAUUAGGGUGCUAAACAGACUGUGUUGUCAUCUUAAGCUGCAGAAUGAAUACGCUCCAUAACUAUAUCUAUAGCCAAAACCGAACCAAAUCCAUUGCCAUCAAGCCAAUUCCAACUCAUAGUGACCGUAAAGGACAGAGUAGAACCACCCCAUAGGAUUUCCAAGAAGCAUCUGAUGGAUUUAAACUGCUGACCUUUUGGUUGACUGGUGUAGCUCUUAACCACUACGCCACCAGGGUUUCCAGAGGGGACAGUGGGCUGCAUGAGCCAGGAAUCAAACCCAGGCCUCCGGUGUGGCAGGCAAGAAUUCUAUCACUGAACCACCCAUGCGCUAAAGAGGCCUGUUUUUGAUGUGUGUCUAUCAUACCCUCUUAGAAGAAUGUGAAUGUCUUAGCAUUUUAUCCUCCACACAGUAGUUAUAUAUGGAAAGUAUUCAAGUAAAGCUUGUCAGUUUAAAUUAUUGAGUCUUCCAGGGACUGUCUUUUGAAUGAUUUAUUUCGAGUCAUUUAUGUCUGAUUAUGGAGUCCUGGUGGCCCAGUGGUUAAGAGCUCCACUGCUAACCAAAAGAUCCACAGUUCGAAUCCACCAGCCUUUCUUUGGAAACGCUCUGGGGCAGUUCUGCUCUGUUCUAUAGAGUCGCUAUAAGUCGGAAUGAUUCGACAGCAACACGUUUGGAUUUUAGUGUGUCUGAGUAUAAUAAACCCAGAAAUGAAUGUCAAAAAAGUAAACUAAAAAAUAUCAUACAGAAUAAACCAAACCCAUUGCUGUCGAGUCGGCACAGGGUUUCCAGGGAGCAGCUGGUAGAUUCGAACUGCUGACCUUUUGGUUAACAGCCAUAGCACUUAACCAUGUGUCACCAGGGCUCUGCAGAAUGAACAGACUUCUCUUAUUCAGUUUAAGUUAUACAGCUAUUUGUUUUCGGAUUCUUUUUUUUAUUGAGUAGAAAUGCAAUAACUCUUAUUCUGUUAUGAAUGAGUCUUUGGAGGGAGGGUGUCACAUCUUUACUUUGAAGUCCCUUGAAGAGGCUGAUUGAAUUCUCCGUCUAAACUGUGCUAUGAGUUAGUAGCUUCUGAGUAUUUGUUGUGGUCGAAGUACAAGCAAUGUGAACUAAAAAGAGAAUGAUAUAUAAUUAAAAAAAUUUUCCCUUUGACUUUGAAAUAAGGAAAUUGCAGCUUAGAGUUAUGUAGGCAGACAUUUAUCCACUCAUCUUCUGUAUGUUUAACUCUGACCUUUCAGCUCCUAUUUUGCCAUCAGGCCCAAGACCCGGCUGAAUGCUAAGAGAGUGGAGAUCCGUAGAUUGAUGCAGAUUAGUGGUUCUCAAACUUUUUGUUUUCAGAAUUCUUUAGUAUUUUCCAAAACCCAAAGAAACAUUGGUGAGAAGUGCAGCACAGCUUUUCCAUUUUUGCAAAUUUCUUUUAUCUCUGGCUUAAUGGAAGCCAGCUGAAUGCUCAUAUCUGCAUCUGCAUUAAUCUGCCUCUUUUUUAGAUGAACUAUAUGAAGAAAUCUAGCCUCACACAGAUAAGACGUUGGAUAAAGAAGGAAUAUUUAAUAGCCUUUUGCAGAUAAUUGUGGAUAUUCUUCUUUGGUGCUACGCCAAAACUCAAAAAGAGGUAGUUUCUUAAAGAUUCCUUGCAAUAUGGAAGCUAAGUCAGUGAACUUUUCCUUCUCUGACACAUGAAAAUCCAUUGGUUUAUCUUGCACUUUGAAUGGAUCUUUUACCCAUAAGUGAUUUCGUAAUAUCACAUGUUGGUUACUGGGAAAAUAUUGGUUCACUGACUUAUGAAGAUCUUCCAAAUACUGGUACAUUUCAUUAUACGGUAUUUAAAAAUCACACUUCGAUACCAUCACAGAUCUCAUAAGAAAAGACUUUAAGGAUUGUUAAGCUGAUGGUAGCAGAUACAAGUUUGUAGUCCUCUUGAAAGCUCAAAUUUUAUCAUUGUCAAAAAUUUUAUCGGUCGAUUUUCUUAAAAUGGCAAGCUUACUCAAUUCAUUUUCAAAAAAAGUAUCAAAUCCCCAAGUCUGAAUACCUGCAGUUUCUCUGUCAGUCAUUCUUUCAACUAUAUAUUGGCGUUCCAUGAAAGAACUAGCUAGUACGGCUCACAGCUCGAAACAGUUAAACGGGAUUUUUCCCAGACAACCGUCGUACCUCAGUAUGCAGCAGAAGUACUUUACGUAUAUUUCCCAUUUUGUCAUGUACAAUAUUAAAAAGAAGUCUACUCAAGGGUCAAAAUUUAAUAAAAUUAAUAAUUUUUAUUGCUUCAUCGAAGACGUUCUUAAAUUAAACUGGUGUUUAUUUAUCCACUCAUUUAUUUUGUGAACAUGGGCGGUGACGAACACAGGGAAGUAUAAUACAGUCUGCUGCCCCGGCAUUGCCUCUGCACCGUCAGUGUCGGUAUCCACACGGUUGUUCCGUGGCAAACGAUGAGAUUCAAAAAAGUUGCUCAACACGGAAUAGUGUCGCUUGUGCUUGUUGCCAAGCGUUUCUUUGUUACUAACUACAAGGAAAACAAGUCUGUAGACUCUUCCAUUGGUGAAAUAAAAGCAUAAUUCUGCAAUCAGGAUAUUAGCUCUCACGUUUGCAGCUAACACUUCAAUUUGGUGAGUUAUUGUAUGGUUGAAAAGUAGCAGUACCGUGAUUUCCAUCUGGCGUGGACUAAGUUCACCUAUUCAAGGUUUUAUUAGUCUCUCAGGUGUUGUAUGUGCUUCCCUGGCCAAAGCAUCAUGAUAACUUACCCUGUUAGAUGAUGCCUCAGUGGCUUCCUUAUUUCUAGUUGGAAAAGCCGUAACAAUUUUUGACUUUUAAAGGACUCAUCAUGUUUAUAUUUAAAAUAUUGAGUUUCUUUUCUUCCAACUCUACAUGAUUGGUCUCAAAAUGACAUCAGAGCUUAACCGGCACCAGAAUAGCAUUUGAAACGCUUUGUUGCUCAGAGGGAAUAAGAUUAAUUAUUAAUACCUGUAAAACAAGAUAGUGUUCAACAUGUGACUGUUUCUUAUAGAUUGUUUUAACCAGUUUCUUUGGAGUAGAUUCUGCCACAGAAUUCUUUGCUUUAUCAAUUUUAUCUUUUUUAGCGUCGUGGAUUUUUGAGUCAGUGAUUCAUCCUUAAAUAUAGGAGAAAAAAUACAUUAUAAAUGGAUUUUAUUUUAUAAGACAAUAUUAAACUUUAAUAGUUUUAGAUAAAAUUUAGAAAUUAAAAAAAAAUUAUUGAAAAACAAGACACAAAGUGUUACUUAGGUUUUUGUUGUAUUUGGCGAGUUUCAAUAGUGAAGUCCCUGUAACUAAACUCCAUAAUAAUGUGUUUUCAAAACUUCUCCAUUAAUCCGUUACUAGGUCUAGGUCAUGGAAAGCUUUAUAUCUUAAGAUUUACUUAUUCAUAUAUUCAGCAAGUAUUUACUCAAAAGCUAUUUAAUGAGUUUCUGAUGAUAAAUAAAACAGACACAGCCUCUUUACCCAUGGAGUUUACGUUUUAGUUGGUGGUGCUGAACAGAACUAAAAUAAGUAAACAGAUAAAUUAGUAAAAUAUUUAGCAAAUUAUGAUAAGCAUAGUGAAGAGAUCUGAAACAUGGGGGUGGAGGCAGGGAGAGGAGAGUUUCCAGGCAAAGGAAAGAGCAUGUAUGAAGGCCCUAAGUCAGGAAAGAACUUUAUUUGCGGUAUUAAAAAAACAAAACAAAACAAAACAGUGUAGCAGGAGGUUAGUGAAUGAAUGGAAUGAAGAGUGAGGCUGAGUAAUGAAAAUGAGGUUGGAGAGUUUGGAAGCGGCCAGACCGUACAAGACAUUGUGAGCUCUGGUAAGGAGUUUGGAUCUUAUUCUGAGGGCCAAAGAAGGGAUUUAAGCAUUUGAAUAGCAUGAAUUAGUUUGUAGGGUGACUUUUAUUGCUGCAGAGAUGAUAGACUAGAGGAAAACCGCUUAGGAGCAGAGAGACCAAUUAGAAGUCUUUUUCAGUGGUCCAGGCAAUAGAUGAAGGCCAUGGAGUAAUAAAUGGGUUCUAAAUAUAUUUUGCAGAUAGUAUCAGUGGGAAUUACAGAUAUGUUAGAUGUGUUCAGAUUUCUCGCUUGAGUUACUAGGUAGAUGGUGUUACCAUUUAUUGAGAUGGAAAAGAUUUGGGGUCGAGGGAGAAGGAUAAUAGGCUGGGGAUGCAAAUUGAGAGUUCUUUUUACAAACAUUAAGUUUAAAAUGUCUAUGAGACUCUCAAGGGACUAGGUCAACUAGCCAGUUAGCUCUGAGAGUCAGAGACUGAUGUUGAGGACAAAUCUGACCUAAGAAGGUGAAUUUGGGAAUUAUCCACUGAUAGGUACUUAAAUCCACUGGAGUAAUAUAAUUAACUAGAGAUAGAGUGUAGAGGGAGAAAAGGGCCCAGGACUGAAUUAGGGCUUGGAUUAGAGAAGGAUGGGCCCGCAAAGGAGACUGAAAAGGAGCAGCCAGCAAGGUAGGAGGAAAGCCAAGAAUGCCCAGACAGGAGACCUUUUCAAGAGGGAAGGAGUGGUUGGCUCCUGAAUACUGCUGACAGAUCAGGUAAGAUGAAAGUAAGUAUGCGCUGGAUGUGUCGACAUGAAAGUCAUUGGGAUCCUUGACAAGAGCUCUUCAGUGAUGAGAUGGAGUAGAAGUUAGAUGAAGCACAGAUUAGGUGGUAAGGAUAUGAGGACAACAUAACUAUUUCAAGAAUUUUUCCUGUAAAAGGAAUAAAGAGAAGGGAGGGUUUUUAAAACCCUGGAUAAUAACUGUGUAUUUUUAAGAAAUGAGCGAGUAGGUAGGAAUAAGGGGUAUACAAAGGAAUGAAGUCCUUGGGAAGCAGCAAGAAGGCGAAAUUCAGAUCACAAGGGGGAGGAAGGAUUGCUCUUUGGUAGAAGGUGGAAUCUGUCUUCUCUUGUGUAGAGGAAAGGGGGGUUCAUAGGUAGGAGAUUUGGUGCGAGGAAGAGAAGAAACGUCUAAUCGUUUCUGUUCUCCCAGUGAAGCUCAAUGUGAUAUCACCUGCUGAGAAUGAGGUUAUUGGAGAAGGUGUGGGAAAUUUGAGGAGAGAGGCGCAGGUCUGAAGCAGUUGUCUUAGCAAGUGGGAUAGUGAGCCUAUCAGAGAAGUAUAGUAGGAGUAUCAAGCUAUAGUGAGAUGCCAGCUUGCAACAUAGAGAGUUUAAAGUGAAAUCCCAGCAACAGCAUCCCUGAUGUAGGAUUACAGUUGAUGAAUAAAACGUAGCGUCUGCACUAGUUUAUAAUCCAAAAAAAAAAAAAAGACGAAUUAUGGUUCUUGUUGGGUGCCGUCAGGUUGGUUCCAACUCAUAGCGACCCUGUGUACAGCAGAAACACUGACCAGUCCUGUGCCAUCUCACAAUCGUUGCUAUGCUUAGACGCAUUAUUGCAACAAUGCUCUCGUUGAGGACCUUCCUUUCUUUCACUGAUGCUUCGCUUUACCGAGCGUGACGUCCUCCUCCAGGGACUGGUCCCUCCUGAUAACAUGUUCAAAGUAUGUUAGACAAAAUCUUGCCCUUUUUGCUUCUAAGGAGCAUUCUGGCUGUACUUCUUCCAAGACAGCUUUGUUCGCUCUUCUGGGAGUUCAGGGUAUAUUCGAUAUUCUUCACCAACACCGUUAUUCAAAGAUAUCCGUUCUUCUUCGGUAUUCUUUAUUUGUUGUCCAGCUAUCGCAUGCAUAUGAGGUGAUUCAAAAUACCAUAGCUUGAGUCGGGCACAUACUUAGUCCUCAAAGUGACAUCUUUGCUUUUUAACACUUUAAAGAGGUCUUUUGCAGCAGAUAUGCCCAGCGCAAUGCGUCUUUUGAUUUCUUUUUAAUUUUUAUUGUGCUUUAAGUGAAAGUUUACAAAUCAGGUCAAUCUCUCAUACAAAAAUUUACAUACACCUUGCUAUAUACUCCUAAUUGCUCUCCCUCUAAUAAGACAGCACAGUACUUCCUUCCACUCUCUCUCCUCGUGUCCAUUCGGGUAGCUUCUGGCCCCCUCUGCUCUCUCACCUCUCCUCCAGACAGGAGAUGCCAACAUAGUCUCAUGUGACCACUUGAUCCAAGAAGCUCGUUCUUCACCAGUAUUGUUUUCCAUCCCCUAUUCCAGUCCAAUCCCUGUCUGAAGAGUUGGCUUUGGGAAUGGUUCCUGCCCUGGGCUAACAGAAGGUCUGGAGUCUAUGGCCUCCGGGGGUCCCUCCAGUCCCAGUCUAACCAUUAAGUCUGGUCUUUUUACGAGAAUUUGGGGUCUGCAUCCCACGGCUUUCCUAUUCCCUCAGGGUUUCUCUGUUGAGUUACCUGUCAGGGCAGUCAUCAGUUGUGGCCGGGCACGAUCUAGCUCUUCUGAUCUCAGGCUGAUGUAGUCUCUGGUUUAUGUGGCCCUUUCCGUCUCUUGGGCUCAUGAUUACUUUGUGUCUUUGGUAUUCUUCAUUCUUCCUUGUUCCAGGUAGGUUGAGACCAAUUGAUGUAUCUUAGAUGGCCGCUUGCUAGCAUUUAAGACCCCAGAUGCCACCCUCCAAAGAGGGAUGCAGAAUGUUAUCUUAAUAGAUUUUAUUAUGCCAGUUGACUUGGAUGUCCCCUGAAAUCGUGGUCCUCAAACCCCUGCCCCUGCUACACUGGCCUUUGAAGUGUUCAGUUUAUUAAGGAAACUUCUUCGUUUUUGGUUUAGUCCAUUUGUGUUGAUCUCUCCUGUAUUGUGUAUUGUCUUUCCCUUCACCUAAAAUGAAACUUAUCUAACAUCUAAUUAGUGAAUACCCUUCUCCGUCCCUUCCUCCGUCCCUCGCGUCUUUUGAUUUCUUGACUGCUGCUUCCAUGGGUGUCAAUUGUGGAUGCAAGUAGAAUGAAAUCCUUGACAACUUCAAUCUCUUCGCUGUUAUCAUGAUGUUGCUUAUUGGUCCAGUUGUGAGGAUUUUUGUUUUCUUUAUGUUGAGGUGUAAUCCAUAUGGAAGACUGUGGUCUUUGAUCUUCACCAGUAAGUGGUUCAAGUCCUCUUCACUUUCUGCAAGCAAGGUUAUGUCAUUUGCGUGUUGCAAGUUGUUAAUGAGUCGUCCUCCCAGUGUGAUGCUGCUUUCCUCUUCAUAUAGUCUAGCUUCUUGGAUUACUAGUUCAGCAUACGGAGUGAAUAAAUAUGGUAAAAGGAUACAGCCUGACACACACCUUUCCUGAUUUUAAACCAUCCAGUAUCCCCUUGUUCCAUUCAAACAACUGCCUCUUGAUCUAAGUGCAAGUUCCUCAUGAGCACAAUUAAGUGUUCUGGAAUUCUCAUUCUUUGCAAUGUUAUCCAUAAUUUGUUGUGAUCCACACAGUCAAAUGCCUUUGCAUAGUCAAUAAAACACAGGUAAACAUCUUUCUGGUAGUCUCUGCUUUCAGCCAGGAUCCAUCCGUCAUCAGCAAUGAUAUCCCUCAUUCCCGGUCCUCUUUUGAAUCCAGCUUGAUUUCUGGCAGUUUCCGGUCAAGGUACUACUGCAACUGUUUUUGAAUUAUCUUCAAAAAAACUUUACUUUCAUGUGAUAUUAAUGGUAUUGUUUGAUAAUUGCUGCAUUCUGCUGAAUCACCUUUCUUUGGAAUGGGCACAAACAUGGAUCUCUUCCAGUCUGUUCGCCAGGUAGCUGUCUUCCAAAUUUCUUGGCAUAGACGAAUGAGUGCUUCCAGCAUUGCAUCUGUUUGUUGAAACAUCUCAUUUGGUAUUCUGUCAAUUCCUGGGGCCUUGUUUUUCUCCAGUGCCUUCAGUGCAGCUUGGAUUUCUUCUUCAGUACCAGUAGUUCUUGAUCAUAUGCUGCCUCCUGAAAUGGUUGAAUGUUGACCAGUUCCUUUUGGGACAGUGACUCUGUGUAUUCCUUCCAUCUUCUCUUGAUGGUUCCUGCAUUUUUCAAUAUCUUACUCAUAGAAUCCUUCAGUAUUGCAACUAGAGGCUUGAAUACUUUCUUCAGUUCUUUCAACUUGAAAAAUAACAAGUGUGUUCUUCCCUUUUGGUUUCUAACUCCCAGUCUUUGCAUAUUUCAUUGUAAUACUUUGUCUUUUUGAGCUGCCCUUUGAAAUCUUAUGUUCAGCUCUUUUACGUCAUUAUUUUUUCCAUUCUCUCCUGCCUUAUAGUCCUUGCCCCUGGGCUGGUGUUCCCCUUGAGACUCGUUCUGUUUUAUGGUCCUGUCUAAUCUUUGGAUGAAGUGUGAACUUCAGGUGUGACUUUUUUACUGAGCUAAAAGGGUGUUUGGGGCCCAUACUCUCAGGUUUUCUCCAGUGUCUGUUAGGCCAGUAAGUCUGGUCUUUUUUUGUGAGUUAGAAUUUUGUUCUGUGUUUUUUCCAGUUCUGUCCAGGAUCAUACAAUACUGUAUGAUGGUUGUGGUGAUUGAAGUAAAUACGAAGUCUUGUGACAACACACUCUAACUAGUAUGGGGGAAAGGGAAGGGCUGUCCUGUGCAGGGAAAUCUUCCUGGAGACUAACAGCUAAGCUGAGACCUGAGUGCUCUGAAAUGCCUUACCUGAGCUACUACAUUAUCAUUCAUGAAAUCAGAAAUAUUCCAGAAGGUAUGAUAGGCACAACUGUACUAUUUACAUCUUUAUGCAGUAGCUUGUUUUCUUUCUGCUAACAGCGUUAUUCAUCUUUGAAAUCUUUGACUGUCAUCAAUCUUUGAGAUGCUGUGAGGAAAAGUGAUAAUAUAUCUUUUUGCCAUGGUUCUCUUCUUUCUCUUCUCUUCCUUCUCUCCCCUCACGCUUUUAUUCAGUUCUACCUGUCGGAAGCUAGAAAAUAUUCAAGAAUUUGUAGCUGGAACCUAAUAUUAUUUUGUUUUCAUUUUGGCAUAUUCUUUAUCAUUUUCAAAAUAGGCUCUAAUUUUAUGCUGUUGUAAUCAGGCAUAUUUGAAUAUUCUGCAUUUGCCUUGAAUUUCUGUUUUAUCCCCUUCUGAGGAGUUAGCCUUCAUAGCAAUCAGGGAACUAGACCACUUGGAAGGCUCUGAUUUUCUUAAUGUAAAAAGUAAACCUUGCAGCUUGUUUGAAGUUAGUUCUCUGAUAUUUGAGACCAAGACUUAUACUUUACCAUAGUUUAUAAUUACAACUGAUAGUGAAGAUCUGUAUGCUAUGCAGUGCUUUGUUAUACAUGCAGGUUGCCUUAAAGGCCAUCUCUGGAUCCCAAGUAGAAUCAGAAGUGCACCUCACAAGUGCUAUGUGUGUGUGUUUUUUAAGGUGAACAUUAGGGUUGUUUUUUUUUUCCUUAUAUAUAUGCAUUUUUUUAUUGUAAUUUAGAUGAAGAUUUACAGAACAAACUAACUUCUCAUUAAACAGUUAGUACACAUACUGUUUUAUGACGCUGGCUAACAACCCCACAACAGGUCAGCACUCUCCCUUCUUGACCUUGGGUUCCCUAUUACCAGCUUUCCUGUUCCCUGCUGCCUUCUAGUCCUUGCUCCUGGGCUGUUGUUCCCCUUUAGUCUAAUUUUUUUUUUUUUUUAAAUGGGCCUGCUUAAUCUUUGGAUGAAGGGUGAACCUCAGGAGUGACUUUAUUACUGAGCUCAAAGGGUGUCCUGAGGCCAUACUCUCAGGGUUUCUCCAAUCUCUGUCAGACCAGUAAGUCUGGUCUUUGAGAGUUAGAAUUUUGUUCUACAUUUUUCUCCAGCUCUGUCCAGGACCUUCUAUUGUGACCCUUGUCAGAGCAGUCAGUGGUGGUAUUGGGCACCAUCUAGUUGUACUGGACUUAGCCUGGUGGAGGCCAUGGUAGCUGUGGUCCAUUAGUCCUUUGGACUAAUCUUUCUCUUGUAUCUUUAGGGUUCUUCAUUCUCCCUUGUUUCUGAAGGGGUGAGACCAGUGGCGUAUCUUAGAUGGCAGCUCACAGGCUUUUAAGACCCCAGAUGCUACGCAUCAAAGUAGAAUGUAGAACAUUUUCUUUAUAACCUAUGUUAUGCCAGUUGAGCUAGAUAUUCCCUGAGCCCAUGGCCCCCACAGCCCUCAGCCCAGCAAUUUGGUCCUUCAGGGAGUUAAUGUGUCUAUGGAGCUUCCAUGACCUUACCUUGGAAAAGUUGUGCUGGCUUCCCCAGUAUUGUGUACUGUCUUACCCUUCGCCAAAGUUACGACAUAUUUAGUGUGUUUCCAUCCCCACCAGAGAUUAGGGUUUUUUGUUUUUGUUUUUGUUUUUUUAAACAGCUUUAUUGAGGUUAUGGAAGGAAAACAUGAUCGGGUCAAUUGGAGUUAAAUGGCUUUAUUGAGUGAGAAAACUGUUGAGAACAGAGACUCUUCUCCAAAGAGAUGAGCUUAUCAUAUUACAAUUUUGAUCAGUUUAUAUAUGGUACAAACUGGUAGGGAAUUUCUCCAAAUUGGGAUUUUUUUCCAGUUUAAAAUGGUUGCUUGUCAUUCACUUGAUUGGUAGAAAGCAGGCUAUCUAAAAGCCAGACUUUAGUUUGAAUUGAUUUAUUAAGUUUGUGUGUCUGCAUAGAGGCUAGUUAUGGUUCAUCUACUUAUUUGCAAUUCCGUACUUUCUAACUUUGCUAUUUUAAAACUCUUAGCAUAGCUUUGCCCAGAAUGGUCUUUAUCAUGAGUUUUUAGCUUCUGGGAAGGGUUAAGCCUGGGAUCAAACAGCUGCCUUUGCCAGAAGUUCUGUUUCUCUCUUUUAAUGAGGUAUAACUGACAUGUAAUAGACUGCAUAUAUUUAAUGGCACAUUUGAUAAGUUUUGACACAUGUAUAUCUCCUUGAACCAUCACCAGAGUCAAGCAUGUCCAUCACUUCUGAAAGUUUUAAGUUUUCUCAUGCCCCUUUGUGAUCCCUCCCUACCUGCUUUCCCGGUCACCAGACAGCCAUAUACCUACUCCUGUUAUUGUAACUUAGUUUACAUUUUCUAGAAUUUUAUAUAAAGGAAUGCUACAUUAUGUACUCUCUGUUUUCUCUGACUCAGCAUAAUUAUUUUCAGAUGCAUGUCUGUUGUUGCUUGUAUCAGUAGUUCAUUCCUCUUUAUUGCUGAGUAAUACUUUGUUGUGUGGGUAUAACCCAAUUUGUUUAUCCAUUUAUCUGUUGGUGGACAUUUGUUGUUUUUCCCCUUUUGGAUACUACAAAUAAAGCUAUGGUGAACAUUCACGUACAAGUCUUUGUGGCAUCAUAUGCUCUCAUUUCUCUUGGGUAAACACCUAGGAGUGGUAUGGCUAGGUUAUAUGGUAGGUGUUAUGUUUGACUUUUUAAGUAACUAUUUUCCAAAGUGGUUGUACCAUUUUACAGUCCCACCAGCAGUUUAGGAGAGUUCCAGUUCACUGCAUACUCAUAACAACUUGAUAUGGCUAGUCUUUUUAAUAUUAGUCAUUCCAAUAGGUGUGUAGGAAACCCUGAUGGCAUAGAGGUUAAGAGUUCGGCCGCUAACCAAAAGGUCGGCGUUUCAAAUCCACCAAAUGCUCCUUAGAAACCCUAUAGAGUAGUUCUACUCUGUCCUGUAUGGUUGUCCUGAGUCAGAAUCAACUUGAUGUCGACAGGUUUGGUUGGUUUUGGAAUAAGUGUGCAAGAAGCCCUGGUGGCCUAAUAAUUAAGUGCUUGGCUGCUAACUGAAAGGUUGGUGGUUCAAAUCCACCUAGCAGCUCUACAAGAAAAAGACCUGACAGUCUGCUUCCAGGAAGAUUACAGCCUAGGAAACCCUAUGGGAUAGUUCUAAUCUCACAUGGGGUCUGAGUCGAAAAUCCACUCGACGACACCUAAGAAAAACAGUAGAUGUAUAGUGACAUGUUAUUGUGGUUUGAAUUUGUGAUUCCAUAAUGACUAGUAAUGUGGGCCGUCUUUUCUUAUGCUCAUUUGCCACCCAUAUAUCAUUAUGGGUGAAGUCCUGUUAAAAUCUUUGAUCAUUUUUUAUUGGGUUGUUUGCCUUCUAAUAAUUUUAUUUUGAUAGUUCUUUAUAUAUUCUGGACAUUAUAGUUGUUGUUGUAGUAUGCUGUCAAAACAAUUCUGACUCAUAGCAACCCUAUAGGACAGAGUAGAACUGCCCCAUAGUAUUUCCUAGGCUGUAAUCUUAAAAAAAAAAAAAAAAAAAAAAAAUUUUUUUUUUUUUUUAAUCUUUAAGGGAGCAGAUUGCCAGGUCUUUUCUCCUCAAAUGUCUGGUGGGUUCGAACUACCGACCUUUUAGUUAGCAGCUGAGUUUAUAACCAUAGUGCCACCAGGUCUUCUUCAUAUUUUGGAUGCAAGCCCUUUAUCUGAUAUGUGACAGUAAUAUUUCUUCCCAGUCCGUGCUCGUGUUUUCAUCCUCUUAUCAAUGUUUCAAAGAGCAGAAAUUCUUAAUUUCGAUGAAAUCUAAUUUGCCGUUUUUUUUCCUUUUAUGAAUUAUGCUUUUGUUGUCCUAGGAAAUCUUUGCCUAACCCAAGGUUACAAAGAUUUUCUCCUAUAUUUUCUUCUAGAAGUUUAAUAAUUUUAGGUCUUACAUGUAGGCCUGUGAUCCAUUUUGAGUUAAUUUUUGUAUAUGGAGUGAGGAAUGGAUCAAAGUUCAUUUUUUUGCAUAUGGGUAUGCAGUAAUGUAUGACAUUCAAUGCCAUGUUUUAGUUCAACAACUUUUAAAGGGAGAAUUAAAGCAAAGCCAUGUUAAAAAUGUUACACCACACUGUCAGUUUUCUGCAUGUUAUCCUUGUUUUUUGUUAGUUUGUGCAUUUUGCUGAAACUUCCUAAGACAGAAUCCUGUGAUUGAACUUCUUCAACCUCAAAUUUCCAGUCUUUAUACUUAGCCAAUGAAAUGUUAUUUAUAUACUCUUUGGAAGCAUAAUAUAUACUGUAGAAAAUUAUAGCAAAAGUGUAAUGGGUAGCAGGAGAUAUUGCCAAACCAAGAUUCUAGAAACCAGAUGAGACUAAACUAACACAUAACAUGUGCUUAUAUAGAUCACAGCACUAGGAAAUACUCAGAAAAGUGAAAGAGGAACUAAAAAUAAGGCUCCUACUACUACUUGUUGUCGAAUCUACUGGUGGCUUUUCUUUGUUUAGCAAAAGAGAGCUGUGGAAUUAGAUCCUUGACAGAAUCUUUUAAAAAUAUACAUAUAUAUAUAUAUGAGUGUGUAUAUACAUACAUACAUAUACACAUAUUCUGUGGAUUGGCUUAAAGAGCAGAAAAUAGUACGUGAUAUAGAUAGUUUAUCCUGUAGCCUCUUGUAGCCUUAUUCAGAGAUAGGAAAAAGUUUUUUUUCUACUUAGCUGUGAGUCAUUACUUUUUAGCUUAGUGGAGAAAAUAACUUUUUGGGUGCUGAUGCAGCAUUUUUUAUAGGCAACCAUGGAUCUUGGGGUUCGAAGUCAGAUAAACAUGGGUUUGAACCAGCAUUGUUCUACUGCUUACAAACUCAAAGACUUUAGGGAAAUACUUUUCAGAGGUUCAGUGUCCUUUUCUCUAAUACAGGAAUAUUAAUAGUUACAUCUUCCUGGGUUGUUAAGUUUAAGUGAAACAAUAAGUCGAAUACUAGCACCGUACGUAUUACAUUGAGCAAAUCUGCUGCAAAAGACUGAACAAAUCUGUCUUGAAAGAAGUACAGCCAGAAUGCUCCUAGAAGCAAGGAUGGUGAGACUUUGUCUCACAUACUUUGGACCUAUUAUCAGGAGGGACGUGUCCCUGGAGAAGGGCAUCAUGCUUGGUAAAGUAGAGGGUCAGCAAAAAAGCGGAAGACCCUCAACGAGACGGAUUGACACAGUAGCAGCAACAAUGGGCUGAAACAGCAAUGAAUGUGAGGGUGGCACUGGACUGAGCAGUGUUCCGUUCUGUUGUACAGAGGGUUGCUGUGAGUUGGAACUCUGUGGCACCAAACAACAAUACGUAUGUUCAUUUCUCUAUCAGGGGAUUGACCUUUGAAACUUAGGCUAGAGUCUGAAGAACUCGCAAGAUGCGGAGAUUUGUUUUCAUUAGAUGUAGCAUAACCAUCCAUGAUCUCCCACUCCCACCAUCAACUUCCCAUAAAGAUUCAUUUUAAUGCUAUUAUUUUCCUCAUCAUUCAUCAAUAGCAGACUUAGAGAAGACAAAAUUAGCACAUUUGGAAAGAGUGAGUAUUAAAACUGCAAGAUUUGACAACAGUGGUUUAUAUGUUAUUAUCUAACUGGGUUUAUGAAGGCUUGAUUUAGAGAAUUUAGGCCUACUCUUUUCCCCUUUUGGCGGGGAAAGGGAGUCACUCUUCCAAACAGGAGGAUAGGCAGGAUCUCCCUGGAUAACCCAUAAUCUCUUCUCAUAACCUUUAGAAAAAGUGAUUUUAAAGUUCUUUGAAAUAUUUCUUGAAUUGAUUCUAAUCCAUUGUUCAUUUCACAUGUCAAUGAAACUAGAUACUUAGAUUACAUAUAGAAAACUGAAUAGCAGAUAUACCAGGCUUUCAGCUCUUUUAAGAGUUUAUUCAAGUUGACUACAUGCCAUUCAGUCUGAUGGAUUUAGUAGAAAGAAACUAUGUAGUUUUUAAUCCCACCUUUUCAUACUGAUGGCAGAUAGGAGUCAUCAAUAUAAAUUUCAGGAGCAGAUACAACUGAUACAUCAUGUAUUCAUCCAGAAGAUGUAAUAGACAUUUUUUUCAUCUGUAGAACAAACCAAGUCUUUAUUGUUCUCUUAGAACUGUUAGUAAGCUAUACACAGUAUCAUAUAUAGAUUUUAAAAGACAUCAGCUUAAGUUUAGUAAUUAUUAAUAGAUCUAAUUGCACAAGGUUGCAAUUCUUUGUUUCUUAUUUUUAGAAAAAGUCUGUUACCUGACAUUUUGAUAGAUAAUUGAUAUCUAUAGGUUAUUAAGGUCAAAGGUUAGUAGUAAAAUAAUUUGAAUUCAAAUUACAAAACAGUUCAAGCCUAUUCUGAUAAAGCAGAUUCACUUUGGUUUAGGUGCUUUGGGUCACCUUUUUAGUUAUCUUGCGUAUUUUUUUAAAUAAAAUACGUCAGUAUGUAUAGAAUACCCUACCUUACAGAAAGAGUCAACCUAAUUUCUGUUCAUAUAUGAUUGGUGGUUAUUUGAAAGCUAUUACCCUCCUAGGAUUAUUUUGCCAGUUUUGUGAUCCGAUUAGAUUAGGGAAGGCAUAGUAUCUCCUUAUGCAAAAUACUUGUUAGUACCAAAAUAAGUCCAGACUCAGUUGUUUUUAUUUAUACUUUUAUUUGUAUUAUAGCAUUUUUGUACAGUUGACCUGAUUUUAAAAUAUAAAGCUAGGGGGACAUAUUCUCCAUCUACCAAAAUGUGAAUCUUGGAUUUAAUUUUGAAACAAAUACCCCUAAUUUAAAAAGGUGAAUGGUAGGGAUGAAUACCAAAAUUCACAACUUUUUUGACCUCGUAGUACCUCUCUUGUUGUUCUCUAAGAGAAAACAUAAAUGGGAAAUAUCUUUAGAGCAUAAAAGGUUUCUUUGCUCAAACCUCUUAAGAACUGAUUUCAAUACCCGAAAAACUUUAUUCAUACUAAGUUGUAACUAAUUAUUUGAAUAAUUGCCUGAUUCUUAUAAUUUAAAAAAAGCCUGAUUUUUAUAAUUAAAAAAAAAAAAACUUUUCCAACUACAGCUAUCCUGAAAGAAUUAUUAUUUAAUCAAGAGAUUGAAUCAAUUUUACCGUCAUUCAGCCAAUAAAAUAUUUAUUAAGUAGUGCUAUGUUCCAGGCUGUUCUCCCAGUAAGAAAUCCAGCAAUGAACAAAACAGACAAAGCCCUUGCUCUUCCAGAGCUUAAUAUAGACAGACACUAAACAAAUAUACAGAUAAAUAUAUAACAGAACACCAGUUUAUAAUAGGUGCUGAGAAGGAAAAUCAGAGUAAUUUUAAAUGAACAUUGAGAAAUUACAUUUUUUCAGGUCAAAGCAUAAAAAUUCUUUGGCUUACGUUUUUUAACUAUGCUUUUGACUGUUGCUGGUGAAAUUUAGAUAAAUUAGAAACUCUUUGUGUAUAUUUUGUACACUAAUCUAAAAAAAUUAGUCCCAACUAGUGAAUUUAGGAAUUAUAAAUGGAAGUGUCUGUAAAGGAAUGAAAUCUUGGUUAAGCACUGCUUAGUCUUAGCAGUAAAAAUCUGCAGCUCAUGAAAUUUGUAAUUCUGGGCUGAUUUCAGCUUGCACCGGCCCCUGGGGAGCCUGUUGAGUUGGAUUAUUAUUCAGCUGCCGAAGUUUUAUGCUUAGGUAUUUUCUUACAUCUUCUUCUCUCAGUUGGUUGAAAUCUUGUAUUUUUGCCAAAGAAAACAAAUCCCAUGCUAAUACGCAGCUAUAAAUAACCAGUGGGAGCAUGAGUCAGAGCCACCAUCGCCCUUACUCCUGGUGUGUAUGUCGCUAGUACUCCCCAGCACAUCCAUUUUGCACAAACACGUAGGACUGCAUGACUGCUGUUCUAUAGACGAACCCCAGUUAUUUAACUGAGGGCUGUUUCUUAAAACUGAGCAACUCUGUAACUCGUAGAAAUCUACAUAUUACCAGAGUGAGCAGCAGAAUAUAAACCUCUGCGUGCUGCUGAUGAGAGAAAAAAAGAAAUGUAUUUCCCACCUUUCCUUUAAGAAGCCCUGGUGGCACAGUGGUUAAAAGAGCUAGGCUGCUAACCAAAAGGUCUGAGGUUUGAGCCUACCAGCUGCUCUGUGAGAGAAAGACGUGACAGUCUGCUUCCAUAAAGAUUCUACAGGCAGUUCUGCUCUGUCCUGUGGGGUCGCUCUGGGUUGCAAUCAACUUGAUGGCAGUGGUUUUUUGGGGUAGCUUUCCUUUAUAAAUCCCGAAAGAGUUCAGUCCAAAAGACAAUUAGAGCUCCAGAAUGGACUUUUACAUGAUGUAGCACAGUUCAGCAGUUUUUCAAGGGAAAAGAGAAAAAAACACGUUUCCUGAUAGUCCUGUCUUUUCUGCUGGUCAGGUACUGUCUGAUAAAAUUUUGUCCUAUUUUGCUUCAUUAGUUCAUUAUUCAUUCAUUCAGUAAUGAACAUUCAUUGAACACUUGCUGUUACCAGACCCUGCUACCAUAGGGCGUAUGUAGAUGAUUAUUAUAAAAUCCUUGUCCUCAAAGAAUUUAUUAUAGUGGAGAAAAGUGAGUUGUAAAUCCAGAAUUUACAACACUGAUAAGGACUGUAAAGGAGAUAUGUGCAUAAUACUUUGACACUACAAAUAAAACUGCCACUAUUUAUGAAGCAUUUAUUGUCAUAGCUGUUUUAUAUGCUAUUUCAUUUAAUCCUUUCAACGACUCUGUGAGGUAAAUGUCAUUACACUAUUUAACUUAUGGCUGGAGCUUGGACUUCGUAUAGGAGAGAGGAGAAGGCAUCAGGAAAGGUUUUUCAAAGGAACAACUCAAGUUGAUUGUAGAGGAAUGAAUAAGGUCGAGGGUGGGAGGAAGGUGGAGCAGUGUGGAAUUUCACACAGAGAGGUGAGUAUGAAUACAAAGGCAUGAGAAGUUGGAGAGAACUGUUGUUGGCAUGUAAAGUAGGUUCUGGGAGAUGAAAGAUGGCAGGAUCCAAAUUAGGAAGGAACUUGUGGCCCAUGCUUAAGGAAUUUGGUUCUUAUCCUGUAGAAGACAGAAAUGUAAUCAGACAUACAUUUAAGGAAGACAGUUCUGUAGCUCUUUGCGCAAGGAAUUAGGGGAGGACUUUUACAAGCACAGUGUUUCUCAAACUUGAGUUAUAUUCCCCUUUUAGAAGAAGAAAUUUUCCUCCAGCAUUGAGUUAUUAUUAAAAUGCUUAUUGUCCCAGUCAUCUAGUGCUGCUAUAACAGAAAUACCACAGGUGCAGGGCUUUAACAAAGAGAAAUUUAUUCUCUCACAGUCUAGUAGCUAGUUUACAAAUCCAAAUUCAGGGGGUCAGCUUCAGGGGACUGCUUUCUCUGUCUGUCGGCUCUGGAGGAAGAUUGCUUGUCUAGUCUUCCCCUGGUCAAGGAGCUCCUCAGGUGCAGGGACCCCAGGUCCAAAGGAUGCGCUCUGUACUCUGCUUCUGGUGCUACUUUCUUGGUAGUAUGAGGUCCCCCUCUCUGCUUGCUUCCCUUUUCUUUUAUUUCUUGUAAGAUAAAAGGAGGUACAGGCUACACCUCAGGGAAGCUCCCUUUAUAUUGGAUCAGGGAUGUGACCUUAGUAAGGGUGUUACAAUCCCACCCUAAUCUUCUUUAACAUAAAAUUACAAUCACAAAAUGGAGGACAACCACACACUACUAGGAACCAUGGCCCAGCCAUAUUGAUACAUACAUUUUUGGGGGUCAUAAUUCAAUCCAUGACACUUAUUAAGUACAUAAACAUAAAACAAAGCUCUAGAAAAAUAUUAUACUUCUAGCUCUACAACUAUAAAAACUAAAUAAUUGUAUAAAUUAAACAUAAAGUUACAAAGCCAAUAGAAUUCAAACCAGUAUUAAUUUAUGUAAUAGAUUAUGUUUUUCUGAAAUAGGUACUACUAACAAAAGAAGGUAGUACUCUUAUGGUACAGUUACUUUAAAUUAUUAAGUAAACAUUUCCAUGCUAUUGAAUACUAUGUGAUAACUUAAUUCUUCCUUUGGUUUUCUCUGUUUGAACCACUAAGUAACCUUUGUUCUGUCUGAUUUAACAAUUGUUUGGGGGUGGGGAGAAGGAUAACCUAAUAGGCUAUUACCUAAUAGGCUCCUCUCUGUUCAUUUAAAGUAUUGGUACUUGGUAUAAUCAUACAUAAACAAUAUAAUUGCUGGGCUGAAAAGUGAAUUAUGUUAUAAUACGAUCUAGAAUAUGCUUACAGCAGUUAUUUUUGUUAUCAAAAUCAAUACUUAUAGGGAACUGAUGGACUCCAGUUUGGGAAACACCAACUAGAGGAUUCAUUGUUCACCCAGUAAAAGGGAUUUUAUAAACAAUGAAGCCAUUGGUGUCUUAGAUGGAGAGUCACUGGCCAACGCAUCUUAAAAAGUUAAAAAUCUAGAACCCAGAAAUCAGUAGAUUUUUUUGUUAAAACCAAUGAUCUUAAGGAACCUUGAGUGUAGACAUCUUUGUUUCCAAGAUAUACCAACCAUGUAAUUUGUAAGAUAAAAUAAUAUGAACUUAAUGAGUAAAUAUAUGGCUAUCGCCAGAAGGAACCACUGGGUAGUACAAAUGGUUAAUGUCCUUCAAUGCUAACAAAAGGUUGGAGGUUUGAGUCUACCCAGAGGUGCCCCAGAAGAAAGGCCUGGUGAUCUACUUCCCCCAAAGUCAAUCACUGAAAACCUUGUAGAGCACAGUUCUCCUCUGACACACAUGGGGUCACCAUGAGUUGGAACAGACUCUGCAGCAGCCGGCACUGGUGUUGCCGGAGGGAUUCUCCUCAGGAGUGCACUUUCCAGCCAAGGAAGGCAAUGAACUUCGUGCUCUACUUCACCUGUGACCUCUGUGAUACAGUCUCUAAACACUGAUCAUCUCAGAAAUUACAAGAACGUUUUCUUAGAAAAUUACGUAUAUUUAACUCAGUAGCACAAUUAGCCAUCACUACUAAAUAACAAGGUAGUGAAUAAGACCAUUACAUCUUGGUUGGUUUGUUUAGAACUCAUAGUUCUGCCCCAUUUCAAGGGGUCAGGGGAGAUUUUGGAGUGCUGAUAUAGAGACCUCCAUCAAUAACAACCAACAUUUAUGGAGCAGUUACUAUGUUCAGGCCACUUUGUUUAAAUAAAACUAUAUAUUAUUAACUAAUCCUCAAAACAACCUUUAUGCAAUGGCUGUUAUUAUAACACUCAUUUUAUAGAUGAGGAAAAUGAAGAACGGAGAGAUUAAAUAAUUUACCAAGGGUCACACAGCUAGUAACUGGCAAAGCCAGGAUUUGAACCUGGUAGGCUAACUCCUGGUGGUAUAGUGGUUAAGGCCUACAGCUGCUAACCAAAAGGUCUGCAGUUCAGAUCCACCAGGCGCUCCUUGGAAACUCUGUGGGGUAGUUCUACUCUGGCCUGUAGGGUCGCUAUGAGUCGGAAUCAACUUGAUGGCAAUGGGUUUGAGUUUUUUGGUUUAGGCUAACUCCAUAGCCUUAAGCACAUUGCUGCAUUGCCAGUCCUCUUCACCUAAAAGCAUGCCUACAUACUGGAUUUGGAGACUGAGUUCUGGAGACGUUGAAUUAGCAGCUACAGUUGACAAAGUAACAUGGCACUGAGUGUCUCUGCAUUUCUUAUUUUACAGCAGUCUAGGAGGAAGGAUGAAGGAAGGGAAGGUGAUACAGUUGUCUAUCUUAGAUAUCGGCUCUAACUACUCAGUAACUGCAUUGUAAAACUAAGACUAUGUAUAGUGUAUGUAAAUACUAUAAAGAAUAAAAAGCAUUUUAUGAUACACACAAGCAAGUAUUUAUGAGUGGUAAAUGAAGUCAUUUGGGCUAGAUAACUUAAAAUCCUUUAAAACCCGGAGAUGAGGAUUUUGUAAAUAUAAGGAGAUAAAUAUUACCACCCACCAGAGUUUUAAGAUUACCUAGACUUUAGCCCCCACUGAUUAUAUUUCUCUUAACUUUUAUAGAGACCAAUCAGUGAAAAAUGUAUUUUGAAGGACUGAAUCCCAAUCCCUCUCUCGGGGUUACAUUUUUGUCCAGUAGUUGACACAACAACAGUUCCUAAGUGGAACUCACACAUAGGACCACAGAAUCCCUUCUUUGUGGGGCCUAGUUUUAGAGUGUGGAGAUACUUAAAGGAUAAAUCAAUCUGUAAAUCUGUAGAUACUCCUAAAAGAAGAACCGUGUGUCAGUUAUUAGCAUCAAUACGUGAUGAACCCUGCUGGGCUGUGGAGAAAGGAGAAACUCCCCUAAACAAGACAAUACACAGCUGUUCCUGGCCUUCCUCCACCUGUUGACUGGCGCUCAGUAUAAUUUCAUGGGGCAGAUCUGGGCAUACAAAUUCAUAAAGAAUUUUUUAAAACAACUGCUGAUUGCUGAUGAUUGAUGGGGGAAGAAAAAUUAGGAGCAGUUAUUUUCCUAUCAACCGCUACUCUUAGUAACAAGGACAGGAAACAUGAGUAAAUAAAACUCUUACAUCAUACCAGGAAAUAGAACAGCUGAAGUUCUUCAGAAUUUUAUAUUCUAUCAUCAGACAACUAAAGAAAAUAAUUUCAUAUAAAUGGCUGUAUUAAUCAGUUUCAUGAUUUAAGUGGAAACUUCCCCGCUUCUUUAAAAGAGCAAUUAGAAAUAUUUACUCUUUGAAAAUAGAGUAACCAUUUGUUAAAAUAUAUACCUUUGAAGACUUUUUAAACUGUAAUUGUAUAAAAGAAAAUUUCCAUAGUAAUUCUAAAGUAGUAAAGAAAAUGGGGAAAAUUGUGGACCUGUUUCAAGAUUUUAUUUUCCUUUUCUGUUCGAUAGCCCUAAAUUUCCAAGCUUGACUGCAAAUAUAUCUGUGUAAAAAUACAUGUAUAUCUAAUUCAUCUCUUGAAAGAGGCUUAAUUUAAGAAUAAAUAGAAAUUCUUUGCAUAAGGAAAAAAUUACAUAUAUUUGAAUUGUUCCUUUUCUUAUCUCUCCCUAUCCAAAACUAUCACUGAGUACUGUUUUUACUUCCUAAAACUCUAUUGACAUUUCUUUUCAUCCUCAUUGCGACUACUUGAAAUGAGGCACACUUUCUCAUUUGGAUGAUGGUAUCAAUCUCUCUUCCUUUAAUCAGUCGCUUAUUCAGAUCCACCUCCACCAUUCAGAUCAUCUAUACGUGUGUAUUUUUCCCUUUCCUAAAUUCCUUCAUUCUCUUUUCUUAAAUCCAAGCUCCAUAAGCAGGGCAAACAGGGCCCUGGCUCCAUGAACCAGUCCUUGCUUGCUUCUCCUGCCUCAUUUCCUGCUACUUUCCCUUACGAUCCAACUUUUCUGCAGUUCCCUAAAUGCCUUCAUUUCCCACGCAUACACAUACAUAUACACUCAGCAUUCACCCCUUCCCUCCUACAUUGUUGAAAAUAAAGUUUCUUCUACUGCUUUCUUCUUUGUCACAUUCCCGUAAGACUUUCUUUGUUACAUUCCUACAGGAUUUGAGCACAGAAACCAUCUUUGAAUUUCCAACUCCUAAUUGGGGCUAAACAUGGUUGACUUAAAUAAACUGCUAGUGUGUUGGUAUAAUUAUCUUAAUACGGUACAUGUGUAGUUGAAACUAUGCUGCGCUGCCCAGGUCCCUCUUCAGGAAUUGCCUUGUCUCCAACUCAGGACAACUCUGAACGGCCAUUCCCAGAUCCCCUUGUGGUCAACUGAGGCCUUUCUUGGGAUUUUGUUGCAGUCCACCAUCUCACUUUGCUCUGUCCUUUCGCUUCCACAGGUACUUUCAGGUAUACUCAUAAACUUUCUGUAAGCAAUCUCUCAGAGUCUGCUUGCCAGGAACCCAACGUGUAACACGUUUGUCUUGCUGAUUCUUUCCUAUUCGUUCUAGAUUAUGUGAAGUUAUGCUUAGCUAAAAUCUUAUUCAGGAUCAUUUCAUCAGACGUGUAUUGACCACCUCCUCCAUGGGAGGCAUUGUAGUAGAUGUAGCAGAAACAAAUUGAUACUUGGCCCUGCCCUGAAGGAGUUUACAAUCUAAUAGAGGUGACAGUUACAUAAAAAACUGUAUUAUAGCAUCUUUAGAAUACUCCUUUUUGAAAUAAACUUUAAUACGGCUAGUAUAAGAACUUAAGUGCACGGUGUGCAAAGAACAAAAGGAGAGCAUUUCAGGGGAAGGAUAACAAAUACAAGUAAGUAGGCUGAAAUUUUAGAAGGCUACAGAUUUUGCCUUUAUGGUUCUGGAAACCUUUCAGGAAAAGAGUUUUUGUACUUCAUAUUUUGAAAGUUUCAAACUUACAAAAAUCUUACAGGAGUAAUACUGAACUCCCAUAUAUCCUUUAUGCAGAUUGAUCAGUUUUUACCAUCUCCUCACGUUUUAUCAUUCUCUUUAUACACACGUUUUAUGAACCAUCUGAGAGUAGGUUAAAUACAUCAUGCCCCUUUAUCCCUUAAUACUAUAAUGUGUAUUUCCUAAAAACAAGGAUAUUCUCAUGUGUAACCACACUAGUUAUCAAACUCAGGAAAUUUGACCUUGAUACUUUACAGUCAAUAUUCAAAUUUUGUUAAUUGCCCCCAAAAGGGUGCGUUUUAAGACAAGUCGUUUAACAUUUCUAUUGUGGACCAAGAAUUUUAUAAAGCCAUAUCCAAAAAAACCCAUUGCUAUCCAGUCAAUUCUGACUCAUAGUGACCCUACUGGACAGAGUAGAACUGCCCCAUAGGGUUCCCAAGGAGCGCCUGGGGGAUCCGAACUGCGGACCUUUUGGUUAGCAGCCGAACUCUUAAUCACCAUACCACCAGGGUUUCUGAAGUAAGCUGUAGAACAUCUCAAAAGUCUGCUAACUUGAUUAAAAUACCAGUUAAGUGAGCUACUUCUGAUUUUCUAAGGGGAACAGCAUGGAUUAGGUCCUGGUUCCCUGUAAAACUAUGACCGAGGCUCUCUCCAAAUGUGAGCCUUGCUCUGGAGAGCCCAUUUAGUGUGGUGCCUUUCAGAACAGAUCCUGUGUUCUGGACCCAGGGACUGCGGAUUUCCUGGAACUUCUAUGUAAAGUACACUGAUUUGUCAUUGCUCAGUCUUCACAAUGCGUAUCGAUUAAGUGCUUUGGAAUUGGCCUUUCUUGCUCUGGCUUCCCACUAGCCAGGCCAGUAGGUAGGAGAGAGGCGGCUCCGGGAACUAGACCAGACCUGGUCUCCCCUGAGCCGUUGUCUAUGAUACUGCAGCACCCAGCCCCUUGCAGCCUACCGACAUGGAGCCUUGGCUGGUCCCACAGUGCCGCCCCGAGGACGUGGCCGGGCGCCCGCGCCCUCUCUCGUGCACGUCAUUUCCGGCGUGGCAGGGCGUGGUCUGUUGGGAGUUGGCCGUGGCGGCGGAGGUGCAGGCCAGGCCUGCCGAAAAGGAAAACAUAGGUCGUCUCCGCCCCAACUCUCGACGCCGGGGGAGGGCAUGGCUUCCCCCCUGAAGCUAGAGCAGGACGUUCAGGGGAAGGUGGAUUCGUUUCGGGCCCGCAUCGCCCAGGAGGCCGAGGAUCUGGUGUCCACCUUCUUCCCUCAGAAGCUGUCGGAACUGGAUAGCCGGGUCCAGGAGCUCCGCCUGCAAGACCUGUCCAGGAUCCGUUCGGUGCCCUGUCCCGAGCCCCCUGCGGCCACAGACACCGUGGGGGAUGGCCCCAACCGGGAGCCGCAGUCUCUGCAGACCCAGUCCGCGACCAAGGUACCAGCACUGCCGGGGGGCGAGGGACAGCUUUUGAGGAGCAAUCAGCAUCUGGUGGAGCUGAUUGAGCGGGUAAAGCCUGAGAUCGAGCUGCUGAGAGAGAAAUGCAACACGGUACGGAUGUGGGUGCAGCUGCUGAUCCCGAAGGUGGAGGAUGGCAACAACUUCGGGGUGUCUAUCCAGGAAGACACGGUGGACCAGCUGUGGACGGUGGAGAGCACGGCGGCCUCCUAUCUGCGCCGCUUCUCCACCUACUACAACACGCGGGCCAAACUGGUUUCCAAGAUCGUGAAGUACCCCCAGGUGGAAGAUUACCGCCGCACUGUAGCCGAGGUCGACGAAAACGAGUACCUGAGUGUGCGCCAGAUUCUGCUGCACGUUCGGAACCAGUAUGCCACCUUACAUGAUGUAAUCCUCAAAAACAUCGAGAAGAUAAAGACUCCUCGGAGCACCAACACUGACAACCUAUACUGAGAACUUUCUCCACCCUCCUUGCCAUCAGGAGUUGGCCAAGCAGUUUCGGCAGCUAGAAGGCUGUUUUUAAUGACUCUACAGGUGUUUUUUUACAGGUGAUGAAAUGACUGGAAAUGUGUGUUACUGUUUAGUUUGAAUCUAAUAGAGCCUGUCCUUCUCCUGAAUCCUCUUUUGGUUUAAUUUUGAUUUGCUUUUCCUUCGGAGAGGAGAAUCGAGGCAAACCAUCUGGUAGAAGGUGGUAAGGUUGUCCAAAGAGAAAUGACUGCCAUUUUUAAAAGCAGCUUUGUGGAGGAAUGUUGGCCAAGAUUUCUUUAUUAUGGCAUUGGUGACGUAGGUAUUAUCCUAAAAAAAAAAAAAAUGAAACAAAAAAAACAGUUUAAGAGAAAGUUAAAUGAAGCUUUUUUCAUAAGAUUCCGCUCUGUGUUACCUUGUUGAAACCUCGGAAAUGCUUCUUUUCUACCAUCAUUUGUAUUUUGCAAAGAAAGGCGUGUAAAGGGAUGCGUUCAGGUCAUUAUAUGCCUCAAAUUUAGCAGAUUGAAAUAAAACUUGGUUAUAACAUUUUAUGAUGGCCUACGUGUGCUUAUCUGAACUUUAAUUUUUUAGAUGUAUGUUUCCCCUUCCUCAGUUUUACCCAUGGCCUUGGUAUUUUUCAACUCUGAUGUGUAAGAAAAAUGGGCAUAUACAGAGUAAUAGAUCUUAAUUGUUCCGAAGAAGUAGACAACCACAUCUCCAUUAGAAAGAAGAGGAAUCUGUGGAAAAACCUUCCUUGCACAGUCUUCUACCAUCUCAGCACCUUCCAGUUUCUCUUUACACACACUUUAGUGCAUCUCCUGUAUAUCCGUUUAUCUAUCUCAUUAAAAAAAUUUUUAGAUCCUACUAAAUCUUUUAAGCUUAAUUUUACAUUUACUUUUUUCUCCCAUGCAUUGACGUUCAACUCCCUUCCUGUUUGUCUCAAGAUAUUUCUUAUAUGCCUUCUUUAGCGUUUCCCUUUCACAUUAUAUGGGUCAUUGUUCAAAUCUAAAGACUUUAAAAUGUGAAUUUGGGGCUUUUUCCCCCACCUACUUUUGCUGCCUAGUUGAGGGGAAGCCAUUGUUGUCUUCUCAGCGGUGAUCUGUACUGUUGAUAUUUCUAAAGUUUUUCGCAUUUCCAGAUUAGUAGCCCUUCGUUGCAGAUAAGGUAAAUUACUGCACAGUGAGCCAUUCCAUGCGUUGGAGAGAAUAUCUUGCUUGUGAUGUAAUGUCAUUAAUCCUUUCUGCGUAACGGUUUUUGCUCAGAAUUUCAUCUUUUCUAAUGAGUCAGAUAUUUUAGCCAGUUGAAAUAUAUUUAUUCAGAGUGCCUUUGUUCUGGUGUUAGUAUUAUCUGAGGAUAUUUCUAAUUCGAAAACACCAUCUGUGAAAGUUACAUAAUACAAAUUUGGAAAAAGAGUGAGGAAUUACUUUCUGAUGCCUUUUUAGGUAUAGGAAUGAGAGUAUUCCUGUGUACAAUUUACAGGUUUUUUUUUUUUCUCUCAUUUCACUAACCAGCCUGUGCCCUGAAUCCUCAUGAUAUUUUUGAGACUGUAUACAUAUCUGUGAGCCCUAGUGGCUCAGUGGUUAAGAGCUCGGGCUGCUAGCCAAAAGGUUGGCAGUUUGAAUCUACCAGCCACUCCUUGGAAACCCCAUGGGGCAGUUCUACUCUGUGCUAUAGGGUGGCUUUGAGUUGGAAUCGACUUGAUGGCAAUGGGUUUAGUUUGGUUAUACAUACUUAAGGUGUGACCUUAACCUUUUAAUAUAUUUUAUAGUAAUACUUGCAGGCAACAAAUUAUUUCUUAAAUUAGUUUUCUGUGGGAACAUUAUCAGAAAUUAAUUUUUUGUGUGUGUAAGAGAUGAGAAUAUAUUUCCCACUGAACUUUCUUUUCUAUGAAAUACAGGACACUGAAACUAGGUAAGCAUAUAAGAGUAUAGUAUCUAUUGUUAAAACUUUUUUGUAACUCCACCUUUUUUUCCCCCCUUUUCACGUUAUCUUUAUAGGCAUAGGAUAAGAUAGCUCUUUGUUAUAAAGAAAAUUACCUUUAGAUCUUGCUAUGUUGUUGUCAUCAGGUGCCGUCUAGUUGGUUCCAACUCAUAAGUGACCCUGUGUACAACAGAACGAAGCACUGCUGGGUCCUGCACAUCCUCAUGACUGUUGUUAUACUUGAGCCCAUUGUUGCAGCCACUGUGUCAAUCCAUCUUCUUGAGGGUCUUCCUUUUUUUUUUGCUGACCCUCUAUUUGACGAAGUAUGAUGUCUUCUCCAGGGACUGGUCCCUCCUGAUAACAUGUCCAAAGUAUGUGAGACAUAGUGUUGCCAUCCCCUUGUUCUGUUUGAAAGACUGCCUCUUGAUCUACAUACAGGUUCCUCACGAGCACAAUUAAGUAUUCUGAAAUUCCCAUUCUUCGCAAUGUAAUCCAUAAUUUGUUAUGAUGUACACAGUCGAAUGCCUUUGCAUAGUUAUCUUAGUUAUCUACUGCUGCUAUAACAGAAGUAACCACAAGUGGAUAGCUUUAACAAACAGAAAUUUAUUUUCUCACAGUAAAGAAGUCCAAAUACAGGGCAUCAGCUCCAGGGGAAGGCUCUCUCAUUCUGUCAGCUCUGGAGGAAGGUCCUUCACUUCAAUCUUCCCCUGGACUAGGAGCUUCUCCGCACAGGAACCCUGAGUCCAAAGGAUCUGCUCUGCUCCUGGCACUGCUUUCUUGGUGCCUGUGUCUCUCUGCUUGCUUCUCUCUUUUAGAUUGGCUUAAGACACUAUCUAAUCUUGUAGAUCUCAUCAAUAUAACUGCCACUAAUCCAUCUCAUUAACAUCAUAGUGAUAGGAUUUACAACACACAGAGAAAUCACAUCACAUGACAAAAUGGUAGACAGUCAUACAGUACCGGGAAUCAUGACUUAGCCAAGUUGACAGAUAUUUUGGGGGGGACACAAUUCAAUCCAUUACAGUAGUCAGUAAAACACAGGUAAACAUCUUUCUGGUAUUCUCCGCUUCCAGCCAAGAUCCGUCUGACAUCAGCAAUGGUAACCCUUGUUCCAUGUCCUCGUCUGAAUGUGGCUUGAAUUUCUGGCAGUUCCAUGUCAACGAUGUACUGCUGCAACUGUUGUGGAUGAUCUUCAGCAAAAUUUUGCUUGCGAGUGGGUACAAAUGUGGAUCUCUUCCAGUCAUUUGGCCAUGUAGCUGUGUUCCAAAUUUCUUGGCAUAGACGAAUGAGCACCUCCAGCGCUGCAUCCGCUUGUUGAAACAUCUCAUUUGGUAUUCCAUCAAUUCCUGAAGCCUUUUUUUUGGCCAGUGACUUCAGUACAGCUUGGACUUCUUCUUUCAGUACCAUUGCUUCUUGAUCAUAUGCUGCCUCCUGAAUUGGUUGAUCGGCAACCAAUUCUUUUAGUACAGUAACUGUGUAUUUCUUCCAUCUUUUUUUUUGAUUGUGCUUUUAAGUAAAAGUUUACAAAUCAAGUCAGUCUCUCGUACAAAAAUUUAUAUACGCCUUGCUAUGUACUCCUAGUUGCUCUCCCCCAAUGAGACAGCACACUUCUUCUCUCCACCCUGUAUUCGCCAUGUCCAUUCAGCCUGCUCCUAUUCCCCUAUACUUUCUCUUCUCACCUCCAGACAGGAGCUGCCCACAUAGUCUCAUCUGUCUACAUGAGCCAAGAAGCUUACUCCUCACCAGUGUCAUUUUCUGUCUUAUAGUCUAGUCCAAUCCCUGUCUGAAGAGUUGGCUGUGGGAAUGGUUCCAGUCUUGGGCUAACAGAAGGUCUGUGGACCAUGACCUCCAGGGUCCUUCUAGUCUCAGUCAGACCCUUAAGUCUGGUCUUUUUUACGAGAAUUUGAGGUCUGCAUCCCACUGUUCUCCUGCUCCAUCAGGGAUUCUCUGUUCAGUUCCCUGUCAGGGAAGUCAUUGGUUGUAGCUGGGCACCAUCUAGUUCUGGUCUCAGGUUGAUGUGGUCUCUGGCUUAUGUAGCCCUUUCUAUCUCUUGGGCUCUAAAUCACUUUGUGCCUUUGGUGUUCUUCAUUCUCCUUUGCUCCAGAUGGGUUGAGACCAAUUGAUGUGUCUUAGAUGGCCGCUCUUCCAUCUACUUUUGAUGUUUCCUGCAUCGUCUAAUAUUUUCCCCAUAGAAUCCUUCAGUAUUGCAACUCUAAGCUUGAAUUUUUUUCUUCAGUUCUUUCAGCUUGAGAGAUGCUGAACCUUUUGGUUUUCUAACUCCAGGUCUUUCCACAUUUCAUUUUAAUGCUUUGUCUUCUCGAACUGCCUUUUGAAAUCUCCUUUUCAGCUCUUUUACUGCAUCGUAUCUUUCUUUUGUAUUAGCUACUCUACAUUCAAGAGCAAAUUUUAGAGUCUCUUUUGAUAUCCAUUUUGAUCUUUCCUGUCUCUUUAAUGACUUCUUGCUUUCUUCACGUAUGAUGUCAAUAAUGUCAUCCCACAACUCAUCUGGUCUUCAGUCAUUAGUGUUCAGUGCAUCAAAUCUAUUUUUGAAAUUAUAUCCAAAUUCGGGUGGAAUAUACUCAAGGUUGUACUUUGGCUCUUGUGGACUUGUUCUAAUUUUCUUCAGCUUCAACUUGAAUUUGCAUUUGAGCAAUUGAUGGUCUGUUCUGGUCAGCCCCUGGCCUUGCUCUGACUGAAGAUAUUGAGCUUUUCCAUCAUCUUUUUCCACAGAUGUAGUCAGUUUGAUUCCUGUAUAUUCUAUCUGGUGAGGUCCAUGUGUAUAGUCGCCAUUUAUUUUGUUGAAAAAAGGUAUUUGCAGUGAAGAAGUCGUUGUUGAUCUUGCAGAAUUCUGUCCUGUGGUCUCCAGGAUCAUUUCUAUCACCAAGGCUGUAGUUUCCAACAACCAGUGCUUCUUUGUUUCCAACUUUUGCAUUCCAAUCACCAGUAAUUAUCAAUGCUUCUUUAUUGCAUGUUUGAUCAGUUUUAGAGUGCAGAAGUUGGUAAAACUUGUCAAUUUCUUCAUCUUAAGUCUUAGUGGUUGGUGCAUAAAUUUGAAUAAUAGUCAUAUUUAUUGGUCUUGCCUGUAGGCAUAUGAAUAUUACCCUAUCGCUGACAGCAUUGUACUACAGGAUAGACCUUGAAAUGUUCUUUUUGACGAUGAAUGCAACGCCAUUACUCUUCAAUUUAUCAUUCCCAGCAUAGUAGACUAUAUGAUUGUCCAAUUCAAAAUUGCCAAUACCAGUCCAUUUCAGUUCACUAAUGCCUAGGAUAUCAAUGUUUAUGCGUUCUCUUUCGUUUUUGACAAUUUCCAUUUUCCUGGAUUCGUACUUUGUACAUCUCAGGUUCCUAUUAUUAAUGGAUAUUUGCAGCUGUUUCUGCUCAGUUUGAGUCAUGCCACAUCAGCAAAUGAAGAUCCCCAAAGUUUGACUCCAUUCACGUCAUUAAGGUUGACUCUGCUUUGAGGAGGUAGCUGUUCCUCAGUCGUAUUUUGAGUGCCUUCCAACCUGAGGGGCUUACCUUGUGACCCUGCUAUUCAUAAGGUUUUCACUGGUUAGUCUUCUCAGAAGCAGACCACCAGGGCCUUCCUCCUAGUCUGCCUUAGCCUGGAAGCUCAGCUGAAACCUGUCCACUGUGGGUGACCUUGCUGAUAUUUGAAAUACUGGCGUAGCUUCCAGCAUCACAGCAACAUGGAAGCCACCACCACAUGACGAACUGACAGACACGUGGGAUAGAUCUUGCUGUAGAUAAGGUGAUAACAUGACUAGUUUUAUGUGUUUUAAUUGGUACUUUUGCCCCCCGCCCCGCGCCAAUUUCCCCAUUUAAUGAGUGAAAUCACUUUAGAGUGAGACUUUUCUUUAGGAUUUUCUCUUCAACAAUGUGUUUUCAUUCCUAAGUGAGAACCAGCACGAAUAUUUGUUUUACAGACUUUAAAAGCUUCUGUAAAAACAUUUCCUAUAUAACAGCAAGAAUUGUUUAAGAGGUAAAGCAGAGAUUUUUUUUUCCUUGGAGGGGCAUUUUUUUUUUUUUCUUAAUAUUUCUGAGUUUGAACUAUACUACACGCUGGUGAGCUUUCUGUUUUCUAAGGCAGCAGUGAUAUCCAUUUAAGGCAUUGUGAGUUGGUGUCAGUGCUUGUCUGGGGAGUAACUAAUGAUUCCUAGCGGUUCUUUUGCUUUCUCAUUUUUCUUAUCUGUCUCACCUGAGUGGAAAGACUGUAUUUCUUCAUGGAUAAAGUGAAUUAAUUUGAGAAAUAAAAUUCUUUUUCCAAUCACUCUUGUUUUUUAUUUUAUCUACAGUUGUAUUAACAAUGUGUCUUAUACUUGGCUCCAUCGUUACUAAAAUGGAUGUGAAUAUUUGUCUCUUCUAACCUAUGUAGUCUAGAAAAACACGUUUUAAGUGAUUUAGUUGAAACUUUAUUUUCGGAGUAGACUCCAGAAAAAUUAUAUUGAGGUAAAACAAGUUUAUUCUGUUGUGAAACUACUAAAAAGCCUGGUCUUUCAAUUCUGACCUUAAAAAAAAAAACUCUAACAAAAAAAAGACAUUGCCUAAUAGGAAGCACUUCAAAUUCUCCUUCAAGAGUUCUCUUGUUUCCCUUUUAAGGCGGUAUAUCUCAUUCAGAAGAGUGCCAGAAACCCUACAUCAGUUCAUACCAUUUGACAGGCAUUUAAUUAGGAGUAUGUAACGGACACUUUAAGGAGGCGUAAAUGUUGCUUAGUUUUCCAGCCAUCAUUAAUCACGUAAAGUUUAAAAUACCUGUCCCCUACAUAAUAUAACAUCAUUUUUUGCUUUGUUCCUUUUACUCUUAAACUGUCAAACCCUGUGCUAGGUUGGAAUAAAUUAUCUCUAAUACACACACAUGCUUUUUACUAAGAAACACAUGUAUGUCCUUUGUAGUUAAAGAUUUUUGGUAUUUUCAUUUUUUUCCCCUCUUCUAACACCAUAUCUAAGUAAAUUGGAACUGGAAUGCAUUCAUAAAGUCCCUUCCUUCUGCAAAAGUUAAUCUCUUGGUGAUUUUUCCCUUUCUUGCGACCGGUUGGAAAAGCUUUUGUAAUAAUAAGCCUACUUUAGAAACUGGUGUCAAAACAUAGUAUUCAGUGUAAGUCAUUUGCCUAUUAUUAGUACAAGAGACUUAAAGCCUCUUUUUUGUUCCUUUUUAAAAGACAAGCCAAACUGAGUGUAUGUGUGUUUUGAUGUUUUAUUUUUUGGAAAUGGUUUUAAAAACUCAUUUUUUAAUUAAAUGACUUUAGUUAUUUAUUUAUUUUUUUUUGUAAUUUCAUAAAAGCCACUAGCUAAAAUUUGAUUAGAAGCUCUUGAAUUAGUAGGUCUGGUUUUUAGUACUAAGUAAAUACCUGUCUUAAACCACAUAAAUGACAUAGAGGAGGCUUAAUUUUAGAAUUCUCAAACUUUUGAGCUUAAUAUUUUUUUUAAUUACUGAAUUUUCAGCUUUUAAAUUCUUUGGUUGUUAGAGGCAACAUUUUUCUGUAGUCUUUAGGUUUACAUAUUUCUAUAGAAUUCUUAUCAAGUGGUCCCAGCCAUUAAUACAAAACUGUGGGAACAGUUUAAAAUAUUUUUUUAAUUUCAGAAGGACUACCUCAACACUCAGAAAUUGGAAAAACAAAAAGAGAAAUCAUAAAUAACCCACUAAUUUAACACAGAUUAUUGAAAUGUGUAUGUUUCAUUUACUUUAAACAAUGCAUGUAUGUUUUUACAUAAUUGCACCAUAGCACAUGCAUACUUUUUGUAGAGGAUAGGCUUUCAUAUUUAGAUCAGACCUACUAAUACUAUAAUGCCAUUUGGCUGAUAUCCCAAAUUCAGAGAGCAAAUAGAUAAACCCCUUUUGUCUUGUGGAGCCCUGGUGGCGCAGUGGUUAAGCUUUUGGCUGCUAACCAAAAGGUCAGCAGUUCAAAUCCACCAGCUGCUCCUUGGAAACUCUAUAGGGCAGUUCUACUGUGUCUUAUAGGGUCACUAUGAGUUGGAAUUGACUCAACAGCGACGCGGUUUCAUCUUAUCUUUCAAUGAUUCUUAAAGCUCUUUUCCCUAACUGAGAAAGAUAUUGUCUGAGACAGACAUUUUCACUAGUUUGAGGAAAAUAGAGAUCAAGUAAGUAGCCAAGAGGGUAUGUGCCUAUAUCUGUGGUAAUGUCUAGGUGAUUAAGUUACUCUGCUUUUCAUAUGGGAUUCCAUAAUAGUUUUAGCAGUAUACCCGUGAUCAUUUUAUUAAUGCUUACCCCCCCAAAUUUUUUUUACUCUAUAAAAUAUGUACAAGAAUGCAAUUACUUUGUCUUACACUAAUUAUUAAUAUGAUGAAUUGUUCCUGCUUACAUAAUUUGGUUUGAGUAGGAGGGGAUCCUACUUCCUCUUAACACAUUUAAACAUUUCUAAAAGAUACUAUUAUGCAUUGACAUUGCAUUUUUUUCUUUAACUCAUCUUGAAAAAACCAAGAACCCAGUCAGUUUUAGAAACAGUUGCUGGGACCCACCCUGUACUCUGCAUUAGAAAACAAUACUGGCAACAUAUAUGUGUAUCUUUCCACCUUGAAUUGAAAUUAUCUGUGAGCUGCAGGAUAUGUAUAUGUACAUGUAUAUAUGUGUGUUUUAUGAUUUGUGUUUUCAUCAGUAAUAAUGAGUGCUCUGUGUAAGACAAGUAUACAUUUGUAUAUGUUUUUUCUUUGCGUCAUUUUGAUGAGGACCCCUGGUGGUACAGUGGUUAAGCUUUUGGCUGCUAACCAAAAGGUCAGCAGUUCAAAUCUACCAGUUGCUCCAUGGAAACCCUAUGGGGCAGUUGUACUCUGUCCUAUAGGGUUGCUAUGAGUCAGAAUCGACUUGACAGCAAUGUGUUUUUAUUUCCAUGAGUCUUCAAGUUCUUAAAAGUGAGUGAGCAGAAUUUUAUCAGUGGGGCUUGAUGGCAGCCAUCCAAAUUUAAAAUGUUUCACUAUAAACUGGAUUUAAUGAAUUCUCUCACAUAGAAAAUAUCAAAUGUUAUUUUUACUUAUUGGUGUAAGCUAGCAAGAGCUGGUGAAGGGGAAUUCAACCUAGAAUCAAGAGAAUUAGGUGGCUUCCCCAAUUUGGCCAUUUAUUUUAGCUUUGUCUCUAAUCUCUUUUACAAAGUUUUACAGUAGUACAUUGGAAAUAACAAUGUUUGCUUAAAAUUAAGUCUAAAGCAUUUUGAAUAUAUUGUUUCCAAGUUAGAUUAUAGGAUUUAGAGAUACACUUUCAAUCCCUUAUUUUAUAGAUGAAGAAAUUUAAACCCAGAGAGUUAUAUAGCAUCAGACAACUUGUUUGUGACAGACUAGAAGUCAAAUCAUCUUCCAUUUCAGGCUAGGGCUUUUUUCACUACACUACCUAUUAAUUUAUCAGUAAAUUAAAUUAUGAUGAAAAAGGGUUCUAGAAAUUAAAAUUAACAUACCAUCCCCUCGAAGGGGUAUAUUAUUUUAUUCUGUGAAAUUUAAGAGAAGCUGAAAUGUUUCUAAACCAGAAUGAGUGGUAAGAUUUUUACUUAAUUAAAGAUUAUAUAAAGAAAUCAGAAACACAGUCUCUAAAUUUAUAUGUUAAACGUAACUUUAUUUUCUUCAUGAAAAAUGUCCCUUAAGGAAAAAAAAACAACCCAGUAGCUUCAAUGUGUCCAGUUCCAUAUCCAUCCGAGAAGGUGUUCUGUACCAUCGGCAGUGUCAUUUCAUUUGGAGGAUGGUGCUUUUGGACCAUUUGAAGAUGGUCAGGUCAGGGCUGGAGAGGUGUAGGACAAGCAUUGGUUUAUUUCACUUUGAAUAUCUGGAUUUAAGGAAUACAUACUCUCCUGACCAGCCCCCCACCCCAACCUCCACCACCAAAGAACUAUUACUGAUGGGUGCUCUUCCUAAUAACCUAUAAAAUAAAGGGGGGCCACAGAGGAGCUGUAGUUUUCUGUUGUGGAGGAAGCCUGAAAGGAUAAUUUCCAAACAAAAGUUUAUGCUCUAGAGCUCCGUGAAUGUAGCUAGUCGGAAUUGAGAUGUGCUGUCAGCGUAAAAUACACACUAGAUUUUGAAUACUUACUAUGAAAAAGAAGUUAAAUAUGUGAGUAAUCUUUAUGUUGAUUAUGUUGAAUGGAUAAUAUUUUGAAAAUAUUGGGUUAAAUAAAAUGUAUUAUUAAAGUUAAUUUCACCUGUUUCUUCUUACCUUUUUAUUGUGUAUACUACAAAAUAUUGAUUUGAUUCCUGUGUAUUCCAUCUGGUCAUGUCCAUGUGUAUAGUCGCCGUUGAUGUUGGUUAAAAAGGUAUUUGCAAUGAAGAAGUCAUUGGUCUUGCAAAAUUCUGUCAUUCGAUCUCCUGCAUUAUUUCUAUCACCAAGGCCAUAUUUUCCAACUACCAGUCCUUCGUCUUUGUUUCCAACUUUUGCAUUCCAAUCACCAGUAAUUAUCAAUGCAUCCUGGUUGCACGUUCGAUCAGUUUCAGACUGCCAGAAGCUGAUAAAAAUCUUCAGUUUCUUCAUCUUCGGCCUUAGUGGUUGGUGCGUAAAUUUGAAUAAUAGUCAUAUUAACCGGUCUUCCUUGUAGGCCUAUGGAUAUUAUCCUGUCCCUGACAGCAUUGUACUUGAGGAUAGAUCUUGAAAUGUUGUUUUUGAUGAUGAAUGCAACACCAUUCCUCUUCAAGUUGUCAUUCCUGGCAUAGUAGACUAUUUGAUUGUCCAAUUCAAAAUGGCCAAUACUAGUCCAUUUCAGCUCACUAAUGCCUAAGAUAUCAAUGUGUAUGCAUUCCAUUUCAUUUUUCAUGAUUUCCAGUUUUCCUAGAUUCAUAUUUCAUACAUCCCAGAUCGUGAUUAUUAUUAGAUGUUUGCAGCUGUUUCUUCUCAUUUUGAGUCAUGCCACAUCAGCAGAUGAAGGUCCUGAAAGCUUUACUCCAUCUACGUCAUUAAAGUCGACUAUACCUGUGGGAAGAGAUAAUGGAAAAGCUCAAUAUCAUCAGCUGGAACAAGGGCAGGGGCCAGUUAUGGAACAGACCAUCGAUUGCUUAUAUGCAAGUUCAAGUUCAAACUGAAGAAAAUCAGAGCAAGUCCACAAGAGCUAAAAUAAAACCGUAAGUAUAUCCCACCUGAAUUUAGAGACCAUCUCAAGAAUAGAUAUGACGCGUUGAACACUAAUGACCGAAGACUAGAUGAGUUGUAGAAUGACAUCAAGGACGUCAUUCAUGAAGAAACCAAGAGGUCAUUGAAAAGACAAGAAAGAAAGAAAAGACCAAGAUGGAUGUCAAAGGAGACUCUGCAACUUGCUCACGAACAUCAAGCAACUAAAUCAAAAAGAAGAAAUGAUGAAGUAAAAGAACUGAACAGAAGAUUUCAAUGGUCGGCUUGAGAAGACAAAGUAAAGUAUUAUAAUGAUGUGCAAAGAGCUAGAGAUAGAAAACCAACAGGGAAGAACACGCUCGGCAUUUCUCAAGCUGAAAGAACUGAAGAAAAUAUUCAAGCCUCAAGUUGCAAUAGUGAAGGAUUCUAUGGGGAAAUUAUUAAAUGACGCAGAAAGCAUCAAAAGAAGAUGGAAGCAAUACACGGAGUCAUUAUACUAAAAAGAAGUAGUCAACGUUCAACCAUUUCAAGAGGUAGCAUAUGAUCAGGAACCGAUGGUACUAAAGGAAGAAGUCCAAGCUGCUCUGAAGGCACUGGCGGAAAACAAGGCUUCAGGAAUUGAUGGAAUAUCAACUGAGGUGUUUCAACAAACGAACGCGGCGCUGGAAGUGCUUAUUCAUCUAUGCCAAGAAAUUUGGAAGACAGCUUCCUGGCCAACUGACUGGAAGAGAUCCAUAUUUAUGCCUAUGAAAGGUGAUCUGACUGAAUGUGGAAAUUAUCGGACAAUAUCAUUAGUAUCACAUGCAAGCAAAAUUUUGCCAAAGAUCAUUCAAAAGUGGCUACAGCAGUAUAUUGACAGGGAACUGCCAGAAAUUCAGGCCAGAUUCAGAAGAGGACAUGUAGCCAGGGAUAUCAUUGCUGACGUCAGAUGGAUCCCGGCUGAAAGCAGAGAAUACCAGAAGGAUGUUUACCUGUGUUUUAUUGACUAUGCAAAGGCGUUCGACUGUGUGGAUCAUAACAAAUUAUGGAUAACAUUGCAAAGAAUGGGAAUUCCAGAAUACUUAAUUGUGCUCAUGAGGAACCUGUACGUAGGUCAAGAGGCAGUUGUUCCGACAGAACAAAGGGAUACUGUGUGGUUUAAAGUCAGAAAAGGUGUGUGUCAGGGUUGUAUUCUUUCACCAUUCCUAUUCAGUCUGUAUGCUGAGCAGAUAAUCUGAGAAGCUGGACUAAAUGAAGAACGGGGCAUCAGGAUUGGAGGAAGACUUAUUCACAACUUGCAUUAUGCAGAUGACACAACUUUGCUUGCUGAAUGUGAAGAAGAUUUGAAGCACUUACUAAUGAAGAUCAAAGACCACAGCCUUCAGUAUGAAUUACACCUCAACAUAUAGAAAACAAAAAUCUUCACAACUGGACCAAUGAGCAACAUCAUGAUAAAUGAAGAAAAGAUUGAAGUUGCCAAGGAUUUUGUUUUACUUGGAUCCACAAUCAACAGCCAUGGAAGCAGCAAUCAAGAAAUCAAAAGACGCAUUGCAUUUGGCAAAUCUGCUGCAAAGGACCUCUUUAAAGUGUUGAAAAGCAAAGAUGUCACCUUGAAAACUAAGGUGCACCUGACCUAAGCCAUGGUAUUUUCAAUUGCAUCAUAAGCAUUUGAAAGCUGGACAAUGAAUAAGGAAGACUAAAGAAGAAUUGAAGCCUUUGAAUUGUGAUGUUGGAGAAGAAUAUUGAAUAUACCGUGGACUGCCAAAAGGACGAACAAAUCUGUCUUGGAAGAAGUACCACCAGAAUGCUCCUUAGAAGCAAGGAUGGCGAGAUCAGGAGGGAUCAGUCCCCGGAGAAGGGCAUCAUGCUUGGUAAAGUGGAGGGUCAGCAAAGAAGAGGAGGACCCUCAAUGAGAUGGAUUGACAUGGUGGCUGCAAGAAUGGGCUCAAGCAUAACGAUUGUGAGGAUGGCGCAAUACCUGCCAGUGUUUCUUUUUAUGGUACAUAUAGGGUUGCUGUGAGUUGAAACCGACUUGACGGCACUUGACAACAACAAACACCACCACAGAAUGUUAAGUUGCGUAUGUGGUUUGCAUAUAUGGCUCACGUUACAUUUCUAUUACACAGCACUGCUCUAGAGCUAAGAUUUCUAGGAUAACUGGGAUGAGUCUUGGAGCUGAGCCAAAACCUCCUAUAGUGGUAUAAAACCUCCUACAUUACUCCAGUAGCACAGUCCUCCAAAACAAACAGCAUCACUGGUGCUGUAGAAAAACUCUUUCUCUGGUGGAUAUGGAACUAGAGGUGUUGAAGCUCCUGGGUUCUUUCUUUUUUUUGGGGGGGGCGGGUUAGUUAUUAAGGGACAUUUUUUAUGAAGAAAAUAAAGUUACAUUUAACAUAUAAAUUUAGAGAUUGUGCUUCUGAUUUCUUUACAUAAUCUUUAGGUAAGUAAAUGGUCUGCCUGGUAUAGAGCAUUAAGUAUAGACUUUUUCACUUUUAGUAAAAUUUUACUGGAUUUAUCAUCUGGUCCAUAAAGUACAAUUCAGUAAAAGCCAUUCAAAGAUAGUCUGAACUACGUGACCUAAGCCUUCUGAAAGUCCACCUUGAUCUGGGAAUUUAGACUCCCUGAAGAAUUGGAAGGCUAGCAUACCCCUUAAACAAGCCUUCUAAAUAUUAUGUUUCUUAUCCAGGCUUUUGGUGAGAUCCUGAAGUACUACUAUUCUGUAUUGCUAAGGCAUCCAACAACAAUAACAACUGUAUGCUUUAGAAACUGAAUAGAUGGUAGGUUUUCAUCCUAUUAUGAAAAUUGAGACAUUUACCCAGUCCCUAUUUUUUUAACUUUAAUUUUAUUUAUUAUAGUAAGCAUAUAUAUACGUAAAACAAAGCAUUUGCCAUUCCAGCACUUUUUACAUGUUCAACUCAGUGGCUUUAAUUACAUCCAUCACGUCGCAGCUAGUGUUUUUACCUGGAUGAAAAGAAUAGUGUACUUCUGGUGCCUAAACGUUCCUCCAGGCAAAGUCAGGCUGCUUCUCAAAGAGCCGCGUUUGAGCGCUAGAUUCAAUUCCCAUGAUUCCAUUAAAUUCCGCUAAUACUUCUAUAUACUACUUAUUGCAUUCUUUGUAUUGUUUUUAUGUAUAUGUAUCAUUAUCUUUAUUAGAUUAUAAAUUUCUUGAGAACAGUGAGGAAUUUUUAUUUGCCGUUUUAUCCCUUAUGGUGUUUUAUAUACAGUAAGUUUAGAAAAGUAUUUUGAAUUAAAUUGAACUAGACCAAAACUGGAUCAAACAAAAGAAAAUUAUUUCUACCUCUUCUUAUACGACAUAUGGUAAUUGAGGCAGUUUGCUACAACUGAGCUUGUCUGUGGGUAAGUGCAAGUGUGUCCAAUGAUAAGAGACUUCUGAAAAUCUGACUCAGUAUGAAACAAAGGCCAGUUAAGCUUUUCAGUAUUUUCUGGCUUCUAAUUAUACAUUUUUUUUUCAUAUCUCAAUAAUGUAAAUGCUUUCAAGUACUUCAGGCAGUCCUCCCUCAAUAUUCCCAGUGAUUUCAUUAAGCCUAUUCACCCUGCAACAGCUGCAAGUUAUUCCAAACAUCUGUACUGAAUCCUCACGCUUCACAAGCCCAUUUGAAAACAACUCUCUUAUUCCAUUAAGAGCAUCAGUAAUUCUCUAUCACCAUUUUUCUAACCAAGAGUUAAAGAGAAAUAGCCUAGUAGAUCAAAGAGUGAAAAAACCUGAAACAUGCGUUUUAAAGCUGAGUCCCUAUGAUCAUGAGCAUAAUGCUUUACCUCUCUGUAUUUAAAAGUUAAAUCAUUUCUUAGCUACUUCAGGAAUUCUCUUAGCUUUAUUAAGUUUUAUUUGGUUGUUGUUGUUAGGUGCCAUUGAGUUGGUUCUAACUCAUAGUGCAGUGUAGUGGAUUGCUUUUGUGUGGCCUUUCUCACUAUGGCCUUGUAACUCCCACCCACUGGGUGGGGCUAUGCAAAUUAGGUAAUUGUGGUUCGCCAAGGGGAUUGGUCAGUUUUGCCAUUCUGCUAGGUUUAAAAGAGCGGCAAUUCCAGAGCAGGAAGAGGAUCUCACCACCACCAAGAAAGAAGAGACAGGAGCAGAGCAUGUCCUCUAAACCCUGGAUUUCUGCACUGAGAAGCUCCUGGAACCAGGAGACUGAGACAGAGAGAGAGCUUCAACACUAAAGACGGCGAGAAGCAGUGACAGAUAAACAGCAGGCAAGAGCCCACAGAGCAAGAAAGGUGAGGGCCUUUGGGCAGGAGGAUUGCUGGCAGAGUAGGGUGCCUCCGGGCGCUUCUGUGGGCUUCCUAGCCCAUGGAGCAAGAAAGCUGAGGGCCUUUGGGCAGAAGACUUGCUGGCAGAGUAGAGUGCCGUGGGAGGGAGAGUUGGUGUUAGAAUUGGUAAAGAUGGUGGAGAGAGGAGGCAUGUCUGAUCUCUACCUAGUAGGAAUCAGCCUUGGGCUGUUCUUGAUUCUUCUUAACCCUCGUGAAGUUAGAGGACAUCAUGCCCAUGCCAUUUUUACAGUUGGCGUCAGAAGUGGGAUUCUUUGCAGUGGCUCCAGAUUCAUGAAAGCAUGGGACUUUGUAAGAGAAAGAACAGAGGGGCUUGGAAAGUGAAACUUUUGAUAUUUAGAUGAUUACUUUGGUUGUUGUUACCUGUAAUGGCUGAAGGGAAAAUUACGUUGCAGUUGAGGGGAGAAAAGCUGCAUCUGAAGUGACUUGCAGCAAGGGCCAUGCUGGUUAAAUGGGAUGAUUAAUAGGGGGCCAGGGUCUUCUGGUUCCACCUAGUCAGGGCCCAAGGCCAUAUGCAUGUAAGUGGGAAGAUAGUCAAGGGGUGGAGAAGAUGCAACUGGAGUGUUUUAAAAAGGGUUAUGUUUAGGAUUAUGUGUUUAAUUGAAUGUAAUAUGGAUAUUGGUGGCACAGUGGUUAAGACCUCUGGUUUAGUGGGGAAUGCCUCUGGGCACUUACCAGCAGAACUAGAAGAGCCUUGUAACAUUUGCCUGAGUAGGGCAAAGGCUAGUAGGACAGAGACAGGCAUGCCUACAGGCACAGCAGAGAAGAGGCUGUCCUGAUUGAAGAACUAAGUUUAUUGUAACAUGAAUUAUAACCUGUUACUUCUCUAAAAAACCCCAUAACUGUGAAUUCUGUGUGGCCAGUAAAAUAAAUUAUUGAACUCAGCAGAGAAGUAGAAAGUGCAGUGGGAGGGACAUUUGGUGUCAGAAUUGGUAAAGAUGGCGAAGAAAAGAGGCAUGUCUGACCUCCACCUCAUAGGAAACACCCUUGGAUUUUUAAUCUUGAUACUCCUUCUCCUUGUGAAGUUAGGGGAGGUCAGACACCUCCGCCAUGCCAUUUUUAGACCUAGUGACCCUGUGUACAAUAGAAUGAAACACCACCUUGUCCUGCGCCAUCCUCACAAUCAUUGCUGUGUUUGAGCCCACUGUUGGAGCCACUGUAUCAAUCCAUCUCAUUGAGGGUCUUCCUCUGUUUUGAUGACCCUCUACCUUACCAAGCAUGAUGUCCUUCUGCAGGGACUUGUCCCACUUGAUAGCUUGUCCAAAGUGCGUGAGACGAAGUCUCACCAUCCUCGCUUUUCCAAGGAGCACUCUGGCUGUACUUCUUCCAAGACUGACUUGUUCUUCUGACCAUCUAUUGUAUAGACAAUAUUCUUUGCCAGCACCAUAAGUCAAAUGCAUCAAUUCUCCUUUCAUCUUCCCUAUUGUUUGGUAAUAAAUAUAAAGACUUAAAACAUUCUGGUUGAAAAUUAUUUCAUAAAUAGAAUAAAUAUAGUGAACUUAAGACUCCAGUACUUACUCCUCUGCCUCUCGUAUAUUGGUGAAAAAUUUCCCUGCUAUUUUUCUAUGUUUUAUGCUAGAAUUAUUGAACCCAUUACUUACAUACACCCAUUAACUACAGCUCACUCCCUAUACUUCUCUUAGAAGAAAUUUGACAGACUAUAUGGUUGCUGUUCUGCAGAGGCGUAAUACUCAACUCUUUUUUCUAAAUAAUUAACAAACAGCUGACACAGAAAGAUACCACUUAGCCAUUUUUAUGAACCUCAUGAGCUGGGGGUCGAUAUUUUCAAUAAGAAGCCAGUAAGUCAAAUAUAAUUUUUUGUUUUUUGAUUCUACAUCAUUGCACUGUAUUAUAAGAAGUUUAACAACAAAACAAUGGUAGGAAGAAAGAAAAUGUUACUUAUAAACAUAAUUUCUGUUUAUAUUUUUAGAAAGAAAAUAAUUUUGAACUUAAAUCUUAUGACUAUGAUAUAUAUAUAUAUUUUAUUAAUGUUUUUAUAUUAUGUAUGAAAGUGUUGAAUGAGCCUGGGAUUUUAUGAAAGCAUAAUAAUAUGAAAUUCAGACCUUCAUAAAGAAAUUCAAGGGUAUUGGCAAUAAAUGAAGUCAGAGUAGCUUAAUUAAAUCGAGCAAAUAAUUAUAGUUUAUUAAAAGACCAUCUCCUUAAUUUUAAAGUAUUUGCUAAUUGUUUGCUUUGCAAGUACACACAUAGAAGCAUAAACUUAUGCAUUAACUAAGACAUGUACAUUCUGCAAAAGUUUUAUGUAAAACUAAUGAUCUUCAGCUAUAUAAGAAAAUGGAAAAUUUAGCCACCGGAUACCCUUUUGGCUCAGUAAUGAAGUCACUACUGAGGUUCAUUCUUCAGCCAGUGAUUAGACAGGCCCAUAAAACAAAACAAGACUAAAUGGGCACACUAGCCCACGGGCAAGGACGAGAAGGCAGGAGGGACAGGAAAGCUGGUAAUGGGGAACCCAAGGUCAAGAAGGGGAGAAUGUUGACAUGCUGUGGGCUUGGUAACCAGUGUCACAAAACAACAUGUAUAUUGUUUAAUGAGAAACUAGUUUGCUCUGUCAACCUACAUCUAAAGUACAAUAAAAAAUACAUAAAUAAAAAUGUAAAAAUUGAUGCCAAAUUUGAAAAAUGAAAACUUUGUUAAAAGCUGUGGCUAUCGGAAUUAAUCUGGCAUGGUCAGAAAUAUUAUAUUACUCAUAUUCCUUUUAUCAUUUCUGUAUCUACCUCAGAAAUCAUUUAAAUUUAUUUUAAAAUGUUUAAUUUAAAAGUUAUUCCUAGAAAAUAUAUUCGAGAUUUAGCAUAGUAGUGUUAUGCUUAAUCUUUAAAAUUAAUUUGGAUAUUUUAACCGUAUGUUUAUACAGGAAGAACAGUAGUAUUCCUUUUUGUAAAUAGAUGCCAGAAUACAGCUAUUCCCUUAAUUAUGUUGUUUAAUCUCUUUGAAACUUCACUGAUUUCUAAAUUUACUUCAAAAUUAGUUCUUAAAUUUUUAUAAUAAUAUUUUAAUGAUAAUUAACAGAUGGCGUGAAGAGAGACCUCGUAGCCAUUAUAAUGAGGCUUAUGAGGUGGGGGUUAGUAUCUUCAGUAAGAAGCACUGUCAGAUUAAUGGCUGAUUCAACAUUUCUUCUCAGGUACAAUCUUGAUCUCUUAUUGGGACAGUAAUGUCAAGAAGUUGUAUUAUUUCAUUAAACCCUCAAUUGAACUGGUCCGUUGAUGAACAUAUCCUGAGGAUUUAUUAUCUGUUAAUUUGUUCAUAAAGCUCUCUCUCUUCAUGUUUUUGCACUCACGAUUAGUAUUAAUGAAUUAUUAACCAAUGUUUGAGAAUACUGUUGGUGUACACUCUUUGUAACAUUCUUAUGAUGUCUAGUAUAAAAUUACAGUAGAAAGAGCACUAUGUCAACUCUUUAUUCUUCCAUCUUAUUAACCAACAAAUGUUAUUCUUACUUAAUAUAAAACAGGUUUUCCUGCUUGUCAUAUAUGUGAAGUAUAUAUAUAUACUUACAUGAAGUCAUUUUUAAAGCCAGUUCAUCUUGAAUGACCAGGACAUUUUCUUCAUUUUUCCUUCAGCAUACUUAAUUAUGUCUUAAUUGAGCCAUAGUUUUGGAAAUACUGAUGUGGGUAGCAAUCAGCAGCUGUUUUUUGUUUCCAGAUUUAGACUUGCUUUUGGGUCGUUUAUAAAUAGUUAACAACUAAGUUACAGACUUAUCUGAUGUUUAGUGGUUUAAAACUACUAUAAUUUUAGCUUACCGUUUUAUUUUGGUGUGAUUUUUAUUUUCUAUAGAAGUUUUUUACUCUGAGAGUUGUCAUCAAAUCAUACUUAGAUCAUCCUUUGAUCGUCUGCUCACACUAGAGUAAUGCAUUUAUUUUAUCUUUGUGAACAAAGAUCAUCUAACAAUUCUAUUCAUGAGCAAGGUGGGGCCUUAGGAGCCGUGGAGAUAAUAAAUUCACAGAUUCCUAAGACAAUGCCCACUCUUCAUGACUUGAACAGACAAGGAUAAUUACUAAUAUGUAAGAUUAUUAUCAAUCGCCAGUGUGACUUCAAUUUUAACAUUUUAAUGUAUCUGUUAGACUUGUUCAUUCAGCUACAUUUUUAGGGUCCUGUCAGUAGUAUUGAAACAAUGUUUUCUAAAUGGAUGCCACAGAAUCUCAACUCACCUUUGUUUACAACUGUCUCUAAAGUUCUUGCUUUCUUAUAUUUACGUAUUUGUCAUUCACAUAAACCAGAGACUAUAAAGAUUAUCUAUGAUGAUGCUUUUCCCCAGUAUAUUUCGCAUUCUGAUCUGACAUGAUUUGGAGUAAUGUUAAAGAUAGUAUGCUUCCUGAUCACGCAGCAAAGAAGGAAAAACAGGAGUAUAUAUAAGGAGAGGGGCAACAGUUUUUUUUAGACACAUAUAGCUUGAUAGGUAAUUAUGUUUGUUAAGUUGUUGUUGGAUAUUUCUUUUUAUUAGGGACAUCCCAGAAACCAACACAGGUAAGCACUCUUAGCAAUUUGAUAAACUAUCUUCCAUGAGUGAAGUUUAUUUUCCGUUUUAAAGGCCCCAUUGCCAUUUUUCUUGGUCAUUUUAUACAUACUUAUUUUGAUUUGGGUAUUGUUGGUAUAUUAGAAUAAAAUUGUGGUUGACAAAGUUGAAUCUAAAUCCCAGCUGGGCCUGAUUUUUGAAAAAAUGAAGGCCUGGUUUACACAAUCUCUGAGGUCUCCUCCUGCUCUAUGAUUCUGUGCUUUUGUCUAAUAUAAUUUCCAUUAUAUUUUGGUUGACUUUUUGAAUGUGAUAGGAGACUUUAAGAACAUUGCCUACCUUGGACUUGAGAUUUGGAAUGGGGAGAGAGAUGAUCAAGACAGCCUUCAAAGACAAAAUUUAAGAGCUAAGGCAUGUAAGGUGAAAAGGUGUUCACAGCCCGGAAUAAAGGGCCUUCUCGAUACAGGGAACUUUUGCAAAGUCAAGAAUACAGGAAAGAAUGUGGUGUAAAAGGAAAGAAAUCAUUUGAGUUCAUUAGAAUUCAGGGAAUAUUAUACAAGAUAAGAUCGAAGAAGUAAGUUGGGGCCAUAUUUUCUGUUUAUUGGUUAUCAACUCUUAGUUCAGUAUGUAUUCUGUAUUUCUAUGCUUUUGAAUGUCACAGAUAAUAGCAAGAGUUGGGAAAAACCUCAGGGAAAUUUUAAAGCUUUUCUGGAUAAUUUUAUUUUUUAACAUUUUAGAAAGCAACAGUUUGGCAUCUUUGCUUACUAACUGUGGGUAUGCUUGCUAGCAUUUAAGACCCCAGACGCCACUCUCCAAAGUGGGAUGCAGAAUGUUUUCUUAAUAGAUUUAUUCCUAAGUAUUUUAUCUUUUGGGGGGUUACUGUAAAUGGUAUUGAUUUGGUGAUUUCCUCCUCGAUGUUCUUUUUGUUGGUGUGGAGGAAUCCAGCCGAUUUUUGUAUGUUUAUCUUGUAUCCUGAUACUCUGCUGAACUCUUCUGUUAGUUUCAGAAGAUUCCUUAGAGUUUUCUGUGUAUAAGAUCAUGUCAUCUGCAAACAGAGAUACUUUUACUUCUUCCUUACCAAUCUGGAUGCCUUUUAUUUCCUUAUCUUGCCUCAUUACUCUGGCUAGGACCUCCAGCACAAUGUUGAAUAAAAGUGGCAAUAAAGGGCAUCCUUGCCUGGUUCCUGAUCCCAAAGGGGAAUGCUUUCAGACUCUCUCCAUUUAGGAUGAUGUUGGCUGUUGGCUUUGUAUAAAUGCCCCUUAUUAUGUUGAGGAAUUUUCCUCCUAUUCCUAUUUUGCUGAGAGUUUUUUUCAUAAAUCUGUGUUGCACGUUGUCAAAUGCCUUUUCAGCAUCGAUUGAUAAAAUCAUGUGAUUCUUGUCUUUUAUUUAUAUGAUGGAUUACAUUGAUCAUUUUUCUAAUGUUGAACCAUCCCUGCAUACCUGGUAUGAAUCCCACUUGGUCAUGGUGAAUUAUUUUUUUGAUAUGUUGUUGAAUUCUAUGGGCUAGAAUUUUGUUGUGGAUUUUUGCAUCUGUAUUUUUUUUUUUUUUCUACUCAUGAGGGAUAUAGGUCUGUAAUUUUCUUUUUUUGUGAUGUCUUUACCUGGCUUUUGUAUCAGGGAUAUGCUGGCUUCAUAGAAUGAGUUUGGGAGUAUUCCAUCCUUUUCUAUGCUCUGAAAUACUUUUAGUAGUAGUGUAGUAUUAACUCUUCUCUAAAAGUUUGGUAGAACUCUGCAGUGAAGCCACACGGGCCAGGGCUUUUUUUUGUUGGGAGUUUUUUAAAUUACCUUUUCAAUCUCUUCUUUUGUUAUGGGUCUGCUUAGUUGUACAAGGAAUAUCUUGACAUGCCCCACACCACUGAGCCCCUAGAAAUUUCACUGAGGUGGGAGGUGCCUGAAUUUUUAUUAAAUUAAUUUCUCACCCUCUAGCACACAAAUGUCUUACCAGUAGGUCCAGAGUCAUUGACACUUCUUCCUUACUAGGUCCAAUCAGCAUGAUGGCAUCAGUGUAAUGGACCAAUGUGAUGUAUUGUGGAAGUAAAGACUGUCAAGGUUCACGCAGACUUAAUUAUGACAGAGGACUAGGAAGUUAAUAUAUCUCUUAGGUAGGACAGUAAAGGUGUAUUGCUGAGCUUGCCAGCUGAAGUCACAGUGCUUCUGGUGUUCCUUCAAAACUGGCAUAGAGAAAAAGGCACUGGCCAGAUCAAUAGCGACGUACCAGGUACCAGGAGAUGUACUAAUUUGCUCAAGCAAUGAAACCACAUCUGGAACAGCAGCUGCAGUUUGAGUAACCACCUGGUUAAGUUUACGAUAAUCUACUGUCAUUCUCCAAAAUCCAUCUAUUUCUUGCAAAGGUCAGAUAGGUGAGUUGAGUGGAGAUGUGGUGGGAAUCACCACCCCUGCAUCUUUUGAAUCCUUGAUGGUGGCACUAAUCUCUGCAAUCCCUUCAGGAAUGUAGUGUUUCUUUUGGUUUACUGUUUUCCUAGGUGGGGCAGUUCUAACAGCUUCUGCUUGGCUCUUCCUACCAUUGUAGCCCUUACACAACUUCUCAGGGAUCCAAUGUGGAAGUUCUGCCAGAUGCUGGGUAUAUCUAUUCCAAUCAUGCAUUCUGGAGCUGGGGAAAUCACUACAGGAUGGGUUGGGGGACCCACUGGACCUGCUGUGCUUCGAACCUGAGCUAAGACUCCAUUAAUAACUUGACGUCCAUACACCUCCAACUCUGACUGUUGGGCCAGUGACAUUUUGGGUCUUCUGGAGCUAGUGUCAGUUCAGAGCCGUUAUCCAGUAAUCCCCGAAAGCUCUGAUCAUUUCCUUUUGCUCCAGUGAUCAGUUACUCUCAGAAAAGGCCAUAGAUCCCUUUGGGGAAGGCUGGAAGAAAAAUUAACAGUACAAAUUUUUGAAGGUGUAAUGGGGUCCUUCCUCAAAGAGACCCAGCCUCCCCUUCAUUCAAGUGGUUGUGGAUCUGUAAACUCACUCAAGCCUGGGAACUGAUGGAGUGGCGGUGACUCUCUGUUCUGGUAAUUUGAGUUAGACUGUCAUUUGCCUGACCUAGAAUUCUUCUGCUUGUGCAGAUCAAGUAAAUGUAUAGUAGAUUUCCCAUCUAUUUCACUUCUAGGGACACCAUGAUUAAGUAGCCAAUGCCAUAAGUCCAUACAGGUCAGACUACUCUGAUUACUGCCUUGACUCUGCUGUCCAUCAUGGUAACCACACCCACUUUGUUGAUUGGAUGCCGCCACUCGGCCCCUACCACCGCAGGGUCCAGCUGGCCCCAUUGUAGCUAGGUGUCUUAAUUCAGUUAGGAGAGUUCCUACUGUCCAAUCUGACUUAUAAAAUAGCAAUCACAGUAGUUUUCAAGGAUGCUGGGGCUCCCUUCACAAAUUUAUUCCUCUCUGUUGUAGCAAAAAGCGUGUCCUCUGAGCACUCCAUGUGUGGGUCUGUGGGUCUAACCUGAUCAAUCCAUUUUACCAUGCCAGUUUCCCUAAGCCUUUGGAUACCUUCUUCUACAGUACACCAAGGCAGGUCUGGUACUUCAACUUGAUUUCGUGCAGGCCACCGUGUAAUCCAUGCUUUAGUGACCAAGCCAAAUAAACUAUUAGGUCUGUUCCAAACUUCUUGAAGCUGAAACACUGAAUGAAGGAUCUGUGCUUAGUAGGACAAUAAACUUGGACUGAUCCAUCUUUAUGUUCCUUGCACCAUUAUCCUCCACCCUUAACAGCCAUUCCCAUACAUAUUCCCAGGUUUCUGUUUGUACAUAUUAGAAAAGUCAGGUAGUUUUUUGGUGGUGUAGCAUACCUCCUCCUGGGUCACACUUUCGUUUCACCUUUUGGGGCUCACUGGGACUUUAGUUAUACAGACCUAGAAGUAAAAAUGGGUGAUGGGAAUGUGUUUUGAGAACAUUCAGCAGUGUCAUGUAAGCCAUCAGCCUCAGAUAGUGGCCCAAGCAGUGACUCAGACCCUUCCCCGGGCUAUGACUCAGACACUGCCCCAGGUUAUAUCUCAGACAAAGGCUCUUCAGACACAGCUGAAUUUUUCUCAUCAGUUGGAGGUGAAUAGGCUAAUGGUUUUACUGGGGAGGGGGCUUAGCAGACAAAGAUGGAGUGUUCUCUUCAGAGGAAAGUGAAAAGGCUAGUUCCGUUGGCAGGAGUGAUUCAAUGGAAUUUAGGGGCUUCUUGUCCCCAGCUUCCUGAUUAUUUGCCCAUAUGUCCUCAUCCCUAGUUUCAGAAUCCCAUUUCUUCCCAGUCAGUACCCUCACUAUAUACCUUCAAGGAUGGGAAUUCAGUUGGCGUUGUAAUUAAGGUACCAUUCAAUGUUCAGAAUUUUAUUAGUAUUGUAUUUCAGCUUCUCUUAUUAUGAGACUCUGGGUUUGGUUUUCGGCAACAUCAACUCUCCUACUGCAAGAAAUAAGGCUUUCUUUCAAGGCACAAGUGGAAACUUUGAGAUCAUUUAUGUGGCACUUGAAUUGUGACUCUAAAGCCUUCUCUUUCUUUCACCACUUUGUCUAGUGAAAGUAGUACCAACUAACCAGCUCCCUUAUAAUUCUCAUUCUGACAAAAUUGUGGAAAGGUAUCAAACAUGUGAUCACCCAGAGCCUCACCUCGUACCAAUACUUGAUCUAUUGGUUGUGAUAUUUUGCGUAUUUCUAUUGCUACCUCAAGCCAUGGAUUAGCAGUGCCCUCUUUACUGGAAGCAGAAUCAUCGUCAUUAAGACUAGCCAGAUUUGAGAACCAAUUUAGAAAACUCAUCCUUACAGUUUCGUUUCUCUGGUACCACUCUUGGCACCAAAUGUCUUAGGCUGUACUAGUGUAGUGUGUAUAUAUAUACAUUUAUCUCAAGGAGAUGGCUCAUGGGUUGUAGAGGCUGGCAAGUCCCAAGUCUGUGGUCAGGCUGGAAGCAUCUCCUGAGUCACAUAGCUGCAGGAGCUGACAAACCCAAGAUGGGCAGGCCAAACAGCAGACUGCUGGCUCAAUUGCUGUGGAGGCUUGUGAGUUCAAGGUUGGUGGGUAAGACGGUAGACUGUUGACUCUCAGGUUGUGGAGGUCAACGAAUUCCAAGAUUAGCAGGCAACAUAGCAGGCUGCUGGCUCAAGUCCCAAGAAUAGGAGGUCAGAUGGUGAGGAGCCAGAUGCAGGAUCCAGAGUGAACAAAAGCCAUUGAGCUUUGCCACAACGUCCAUAUACAUUGGAUGUAGGCGAUACCUCUGAGGAAACUCCCCAUACAACUGAUUGGCCGAUCACAUCAAAUCACAUCGUGGAGUUGAUUACAUUAUGUCACAAAAUGGAGGAUAACUCUCAUUACACAACUGCCAAAUUACAUCAUAACUGCCAAACUACAUCCUUAUAUAACUGCCAAACCACUGAGAAUCAUGGCCUAGCCAAGUUGACACACAUCCUUCACCAUCACAGACCCUAAGAAACCAGUAUUUAUUGUGAGACAUGAGUGGAAGAGAAGGCAGUGAGGGGAAGAAAAAGUUUGGGGGAGGAUGAGAACCAAGAGUUUGGAGAUGCAAAGUUGAAAGCGUCAAAAGUUGUAGAGAGAAAGUAGGGUGGGGGCUGGAAAGAAUCAAGUGGAUUUGACAAUUAGAGUAUAAUAUUUAUGAGAGUAGUAUCAAUAGAGUGAUGGUCACAGAAGUCAAUUUUCAUUACUUUGUGGAUCAAAUGGGAGAAAGGGAGGUUCAUUGAUUUACGGCUCAGUCUAUUAUUUUUUAUUUGUCUAAGUUAUAUAUAAGGUCACCAUGAGUCAGAGCUGACUUGAGGACAACAGCAAACAAAAAGAUAAUGCCAUGAUUCAUCUAAUUAAAAUUAAUGUUUUUUAAGUUGUCAGGUCAGACAUUAACUAGCAAUAUCAAAUAUGUCAGAAGUGAAAUUCCAGAACGAGACCAACCAUGGUUCUUGGUUGUAAAUAAUAGAAACCUGCUCUAACUUAAGCGCAAAGGAAUUUAUUAGAAGGCUGUUUGUCAGUUUAUAGACUCCAUGGAAGGCUGGAGAAUCAGGAACCAAAGGAGACUAUGCUGCAAAAAAUACAGCUGUCUUCUCAGCUCAGGAAUUCUGGUGAGAAGGACCACCACACCAGUGGACACCUCUACUGCUGCUUGCACUGCUCCCAGUGGCCUGCCCUGGUUCUGUGAAUAAUGUAAAUCUCUCUGAGUCUUUAUUCACUAAUGCCCAAGCUUUUGGACUUUAAAGGAGUAUCUGAUUGGCCAAGCUUUGGUCUCAUGUCUGUGCCCCAGUUGUUAGAGGUGGGAGAGAAAUUAUAUCUUCCCUUUUCAAACUUCUGUAGUUGGAGAUAUUUCCUCCAGAAAAAUGGUAAAACCUCCAUAUAGACAAGAUAUUUGAAUGCUGUGUAGCUGAAAUCAACAGCUAGUACAAAGUACCAAGUCUUAAAAAUUUGGGGAAAAUAAUUAGAAAUUCACAUGAUCAAAAUGAAAAUUAUUUGGUAAGCUCAGGAAUAUGAUCCUUGGCUUACCUUGCGAAUAUUAAAUAUUGAGUGUACCAGAUUAAAAGCUUGGCUUUCAUUUUCCCUGCUUCAUAACUUACUGUAUAGGUCUUUAAAUGUUCUCGUCUCUCCCCAUAUCCUCUCUGACCCCUAUUACUUACAUUAGGGUCAUGAUGGCAACCUGAUCAAACCACAAGAAGCAAAUGAAAAGCAACACUAUUGAACCUAAUAGUAGGACCACAUUUCUAGAGGUGAGAUUGGUCUCAGCUAGACCUGGAUGGGUGUUAGGAUUAGCUAUGACCCUUUGCAGAGGGCAGUCGUGAUUCAGAAGUAGGAUUCUCACGUCCUGUGAGGGAGACCUGGGUUUGAUUCCCAGCCAAUGCUCCUUAAGCACAGCCGCCACCUGGCAGCGGAGGCUUGUGUGUAGCUAUGAUGCUGAACAAGUUUUAGUAGAUCUCCCAGAGUAAGACAGACUAGGAAGAAAGGCCUUGUGAUCUACUUCUGAAAAUUCAGCCAAUGAAAACACUGACUACAAUAGUCCGAUCUGUUGUGCGUGGGGUCGCCACGAGUUGGGGCUGACUUGGCGGUGAUUAGCAACAACAUGAUCUCUCGGAGGGGGAAAGAGAAAACACUGCACAUAGGAGAGCAGACUAAGUUGAGAGUGGGGAAGAACUACUCAGGCUGCAGCAAGAGCUGAGUUGACUAGGCCAGACCAGGGCUUGGGAAGGCAGCCCACCCGACAGUGGGAGGGAACAGAGAAGGUAGGUGUUGCACAGAUAGUGACUGUCCAGUUUCUUCAAAUAACUAGGCCUGUGAGAUCUUUUUGUGUGUGCGUGCUAGAAUUUAAUUUGAUUUUUAAAGGUAUUACUCUGCCAGAAAACCAUCGUGGAAUCUCCAUGAGGAAAAUAUCCCUUAUCUGUGUAAUUCAAAUAAAACUGAAAAUAUAUAUAUAUAUAGCUUGGCUUGUUUUAGGCUGAUUUUGCCAUGGGGGCAUAUCCACAAGAAAUACAAACCUAACACCUUGAAAACUUGAUAAGUCAUGUAGGCCUUUAAUGAAGGCACUUGAAGAUACUGCAAGGCAAAUACUAAAUCAAACGACAGCAAAAUGUCCUAAGAUUUUCAUUUCUCCAGCCCUCUGUCCUCACCCUCCUCUCCCCACCCCAACACACACCAUAGAGUCACUGCCUCAGUUUCUCUUCUCUUACACAAAGGCUACAGCUUAAGCUGGCCCUCUUUACCCAUCUUUGUCACCCUUCUAGACCUUUUUACUCUGCUGACAGCGUCAUACCGUUUUGAUAUAAACCAAUUUAGCUUCUUGGAAAUCUCUUUUCUACUUAUUACCUCCCAGUCACACACACACACAAUCCAGCAGCACUAAAAAACAAACAAACAGACAAAAAACACCUUAGGAAAGAAACAAGAUAGUGUGGCAGCUUUGAAUGCUCAUACCUCAGUUAUUUUCCCCAUCAUCCUUUAAACUAAGGGAAGUGAAAUAUGAGGGUGACUUCUUUUCUUGGUUGAAUUUGUAGAGAAUAUCAUGUGUGACAGUUGGUACUAGUAUUCAUGAAAGGAAUAGUGAGAAGCCAUGAUGGAAAGAGGCCAGGUCAGUAGGGACCAAAUUAUAAAGAGCUUUCAUUUCUACACUUAAGAGUUUGGAUCAGUCAUAAGUACUUCUCACCUUCUUUCCUUUAUUCAGCAGUGGAACAGUGGCUCUCAGCUAUGAGGGUGAGGGGAAUAAAUCUAGGGGAACAAACUCUAGGUAUUUUCCGUAUCCGUAUCCAUGCCGGUGCUACCCACUUCAGUUCUUCAAGGAGUCUCCUGACAGAUCUCAAAUUUUUUUUUUUUAAAAAAGUAUCCAACACUUAAAAUAGCGCUUUCUACAUGCCAGCCACUGUUCUAAGUGCUUUACAGAUACUAACAUUUGAUUUUUAUAAACAAUCCAUGCAAUAGGUAUUGUUAUCUCUGUUUUACAAAGGAGAAAACAAGGGCACAGAGAGAAUAAGGAAUUUGCAUUAGAUCACACAGCUAGAAUUAGGUGGUAGAGGCAGAGCCCAAACCCAGGCAGAGUCUAGCUCCAGAGUCCAUGCUCUCAAUCUCUGUCUAUACCGUGCUGGCCAGUCCUCAUGAAAGUAAGGUCCUAGAGCUGUCUGCAUCAGAAUCACCAUGGGUCCUUGUUAAAAAUACAAAACUUUGGCCUCACCUCAGACUUACAUCAAUUUCUGGGAGGUGGGGGGUUAAUAUUUAUGUUAUAAAGUCCCACAAGUGAUUCUGGUAUGUAUCCUUCAUUAAGAGCUUCUGUUUUAGAGGGACCCAAUACUGGCACGGUGUCCCCUUCUGAUCCAGACUUCUUUGCCCAUAAGAGUAAAUGUUUGCUGAAGGGUAUGUAUUAUUGUAGAUUUUAAAAUUAAUACUAGCAUACUUUAGUUUGCCUCUUAAGCCAUUACUACCUGAAGUUUAGAUGAAAUCCUUUCUUAGAACAGUAAGUACUUGACCAAACAUAAGGAAAACAGAAUUUUCAGUUAUUUUGUACAAAUGCAUUAUAUCUCAAAAAUGUAUUUUAAAACUGAAUGGAAACUGAAAACUUGCUGUUCUAUUUAUGAUAAGAAUGAAGAGAACUAUACUAGGUUCUGUAAAGUAUACCCUAUGUGAUAUGAAGAGAGAACUCUUACAGAUUAUGGAACAGGUCUAUAUAGUAUCAUACCUCCAUCCUUAAGCAGGAUUGCAGCUGGCAAUAAGGCCCAGAUUCCAAUGUGAAACAAGUGUUUUGUUCAGCUAUUUUGCUAACCCAAGAUCCCUAGAAAAAUUUUUGUUUAUUAAGGUAGAUGAAUCAGAUUAUUACUAAAUAUGGUUAAAAUUUUAGGAGCAUUGUGAGAAAUUUAAGGGACAGUUUUUGUGUAAGGAGUCUCGGUGGCGCAGUGGUUAAGUGCUCAGCGGCUAGCCUUUGGGUUGGCAGUUCAAACCUACCAGCUGCUCCACAAGAGAAAGAUGUGGCAGUCUGCUUCCGUAAAGAUUACAGCUUUGAGAACCCUGUGGGGCAGUUCUGCUCAGUCCUAUAGGGUUGCUAUGAGUUAGAAUUGACUCGAUGGCAAUGGGUAGUUUUUGUUUGUUUGUUCUACUUUGUAGUUUGCCUUGUCAAGACCAAUUUUUCCUAAAAUGUACUUUAGGGACAUUUUACAGUCUUCCCUGUUUCUGUGUGUGUGAAGCCAAGAUCAGGAAUACUUUGGGGAAAAAAAAGGACCAAGAGCUAUUGUGGAGCCUGGGAGAAUAUCCAGACACUGAGGAUCAUGCAAGGAGAAAUGGCCUAGAAAUAUCAAAGACGUGAGGCCCCUCUUCCCCCCCUCCAGAAAGCUGUAGAAUCAUUGAUUAUGAGAGAGUCAGCUGGAAUAUCUCCCUGUGUGCCCUUCACACCUGCCAUGCUGCUUAACACACAUGUGACAUUUGAGACUAUUCUGGCAUCAAUUUGUCCCAGCUCUUACAUAGCCUUCGCCUAGCACUUUAAAAGAAGUAAGUUUUUUUUGUUUCAAUCCAACAUUUUUUUCCAACAAAAAGUUUAAAAACAAUUGUUACAUAUUUAUAUUUAAGAAUUUAGAAGUAUUUCCUAGUAUCUCUUUUCUCAGGAUUUCUUCACCAUUCACACUAAUAAUAUAGACGCAGACUUUACAUUUCCUUUUAUUGGCUCAAUUUGCUGUGACCACAGACCCUCUCCCCCAUUCCCCUAUGGUUUAUGUUGGUAGCAUAUCUGUAGGGCAUAAUUUAAUCUUUGGGAAAUUCACUUUCUACCAGUAGCCCUGAGUAAAAUGAAUUUUCUAAAAUGAAACAUCUUGUAAACAUUAUGUCUGACAGACUCAUGUGGUUGAACUCUUUAUUGUCUUUAGUGUUUGAUCUUUUUCCUUACUUAAUAAGACAUUUUUUUGGAUUGCCACUCUGUUGACACUCAACAAAUGAUGACUGAUAACAAGUUUCAGGGGUCCUAAUUUAUUUCCCUAAACUGCGUACUGCUGAGUCUUUGAAAAAGCUCUCUUUGAUAGCUGACUGUGUUUUGAACUUUGAUUAGCUCAAGUUAUUAAAUGAAAUAACAUGAAAUACAAGGCCACAGACUUCCUGGUCUUGUACUUGUCCAAAGCAUGUAACUAACAUUUUGUAUCAGAGUUUUCUCUGGGAAGAACAAUCCUGACCUAGUUUAAAAAUGUUUUCCCUAAGACUCUCAGCAAGAGAGAAUGAUUUGGAAUGCUUUGUCUUAUUCUCGGGAAAGUGUUUAUAAGAAACAGUUUUGAUCAAGAAAUUCAAGAUUAAUUUCUGAUUUUAAAAAAGAGGCAUAGGUACCGACGAGGUUGAACCUUACCAGAUUGCAGUGGUUUUGUGUAGUUCAAACGAAUACUUUUUGGGUGAAUAAAAGAGGCAGGCGAGGUCAGUUGAUCAGGUUUGGGGCUCCCUGCAGCAUUUGAUAUGAGAAAAAAAAAAAAUUUUUUUUUUUUUUUUUGAGAAUUGGAUCUUAAAACAAGACUUGAGCUUGUACUUGUUAGGAUUUCAAGCUAAUUUUUCCUCUGGUGACCUUGUCAGCAUUAUCAGGUUUGAACUAAGUGUUGAAAUUUUCAUCUUGUCAGACUGCAAACCUUGGCUCACUCUUGGGCCAUCUGCUGUGGCCUGACAUUUCUGGCUGACAUUCCCACUGAUGGUGCAGAUGCAAACUUUACAUUCCUUUUAUUGGUCUUAGUUUUACUGCGUGCAUUAGUGGCACAAAUACUGCAUUCAUACUAGCUAUUUAUAUUAACUGUUUCUAGUUCCGGGGUGAGUAAUGUACUUUGCUUAUGUUUUUACGAUGAUGAGAAGUCCUACAUCAUAGACAUUUUAAUAUUUCUUUUUAAAUGGUUACUUUCUACUCAAUUUUAUUACCCCUAGUUUUUUUUUUUUUUGCAAUUUUAAUUUUUGUACAUGUGUAAGUGCCUGUGUAUUUUAAUGAUUUUAAAUAUCCUAAUUGCCUUUGCUUUUUAAUUGCUUUAGAGAAUGGACACAUUUGGUGGCUGACCAACAGUUAGUAUAACUACUAGAAAACAACAUUUGUUCAGAAUAUGGCGAACUUAGACAAAUAAUUUUGAAAGGCCUAUUUCUGAUUGCUGCAUUGGCCCUCUUUGUUUUAAGGUUCGAUGUGCUCUUCCAUUUGUUUGGCAGCUUGAAGGACUGUUGGCAAACGUGCUAGAGUGAUAGUAGAAAACAAAAGCUCCUUAGGAUAGGAACAGAGAAAAUUUAAUACCAAGCUAUUUUUGAGAUAAGGAUAGAUGCUAUGUUUAACCUUUGAUCUGGUUUUGGAAGUUUUUUAUGUUAGAAAAACCAACCCCAUCUCUGGAAUCCAGUAGAUAUGGGCCAAAUAUAAAACGUAAGAGACCAUUUGUGGUUAAUAUGGACCUGAUAUGCAAAACUUUUUGACUAACAGAGGUCCAUAUUAAUCAAGUGGAAGCUGUUCAGGGCCAGAAGUGCAGCCUGUUACAGACUGAGUUCCUCCGUCUAUGGGGCAUCAUUAGACAUUAAAUACACCCUUUCUAUCAAAGAUAAAGGGCUCUGACUUUAAGUCAGUGUUUCUAAAUACAGGAGAAGCCAUCUUACCCAGUACAGUUAGGACGAAUAGAUGGUCUGUUAAUUAAAAAAACUGGUUAAAGCAGUGGAUCACUUUAUUUUUUCUGAAAGGAUACAUAUCUUAACUAUUAUUUUAUUUUAUAAAUGUGCAUUUAUUUGCCAGUUUUUGAUGCAAGGCCAAUGGCUUUUCUUUAAGCCCAGGUCCGCUGUUUAGAGUUUCGUGUUGCCUUUCUUACAUACACUACACUUACAAUGCAUCAGCCAUAAUUUCCAAUAUCAGCUACAGUUACUUUCGAGUAAGACCUUAGAGAUACUUGUUAAGCAACCUGCGUGUAUGCUAUUAUGAUUUUUUUUUCUUAGUCUUUUAUGGUUGUCUUGCAGUCUGAGAGACAAAAAAAUUAUCAAGUCGCUUUCUUUCUUUUCACACUAUAUUUUAUCAGUUUACAUACUGUUUUGUUAAAUUACCAAAUUAUACUAAUGAAUACAAUUAGCACAAGUCAUUUUAGGAGAAACCACAACUAGUCAUGAACAUUUAGUAUGGUAAGUCAAUUAAGUUUUUUGGGGUGAGCCAUUUGAUCAAUAAGUCAGUUUAAGUAGAGAGCAGUUAAGAUGGUACUACUGUAGACGGAUUAUAUAGAAGCAACAUUUGACAACAUUGUAAAUUAUACCUAUAACCUUCAGCUGAAUAAAAUGUGGUCCCAUUCUUUUGGUAAGUCAGUCUCCAACACUUUUGCUUUCUUAAGAAGAGAAGAAACAGGUAACAUUGAAUGCUGUGUUAUGCACUAGUAUCAGCUUUUUCUAACUAAAUGGCCUGGAAGACAGCAUUGUGAGAACUGUGUGAAAAUAGCAUUUUGUGUGUGUGUGUGUGUACAGUAUUGCACAACACUAGAAAACUGUUGCUUUAUUCUCACAGAAAAUGUUUUGAGUGUUUUCCCCCAAUGUUUCUCUGACUUCUUCUGGGAAUAAGAAUAACAAAGUGUUAUCCACAUAGUUUUGACCCUGAAGAUAUCCGGUGGUAUCUGAGGUCUACAAAGCCUUUUCUGUAGUCCAGCUGAAGAGGUCUUAAAAUUAGUGGUUUAGUUUUGAAUGACAGUGCCAAAAUAUUUGUAUCUUUAUGGUAACAUCCUUCUUCUGUUUUUGUCUUUCCUUUUUAAACUUUUGUUGGAGUUAGAUUUUUUAUUAAAUGCCUAUUUUUGUCUGCUUUGUCUCCCAUGUAUGUAUCACGUAAGGGUGGCAGGCACCAAGCCUUAAUGGCGAGAAGUUUAUCAUAACCACUUCAAACAAAGCUUUAUAGAAAAAGCGGGUGGAGUUGUCCAUCCUGGCUGCCUUGGGAAGGGUGCCUGUGCAGAGCAUUGCUGGGUAUGGGGAGCCUAUGUGGGGAGGCAGAGCACAUAGGGGAGUUGUCUUGAGGGUCUCAUGCAGUAGAAGGAGAAAUAUGAAGUCCAAAGAGGUAGCAUUAAAAAUAAAUGGGCCUCAGUUCUAAAUUAGCAGACUGUACCUCAGGGGUUCUUCCGCUGUCUGUCAGACCAGUAAGCCUGGUCUCUUUUUCUGAAUUUGAAUUUUGUUCCACUUUUUUCUCCUGCUGUGUCUGGGACUCUCUGUUGUGAUCUCUGUUCUAGCAGUCAGUGGUGGUCGCGGGGCACCAUCUCGUUCUGGGCUCAGGAUGGUGGAGGCUCUGGUUCAUGUGGUCCUUUAGCCCUCUGGGCUAAUAUUUUCCUGUCUCUUUGAUUUUCUUCAUUCUCCUUUGUUCCAGAUAGGAUGGGACCAAUAGAUGUAUCUUAGAUGGCAGUCCUAAGCCCACUUCCCAGACAAAGGUUAGACAGGCCUAUAAAAGAAUAACACAUGUGAGGAACGUUAGGUCAAUCAAAUAUACAGACCAAAAGGGUGACUCCUACCCAAAAGCGAGACGAGAAAGCUGUAAGGGACAGGAACUGAAUGAAUGGACACAGGGAACCAGGAUGGAAAGGGGGAGAAUGCUGUCACAUUGUGAAGGUUGCAACCAUGUGUAUAAAGUUUUGAAUGAGGAACUAACUUGAGCUGUAAACUUUCAUCUAAAGCAAAUAAAAUAAAAUGAAAACAAUAUGGGAUCAAAGUGACAACAGCAACUCAAAAGAUUAGAUAGGAAAUAUUUAGGGGGCAGUGUAGUUUAUGUUAAUGGCGGAGGAACAGCUCAAAAAACGAGGGUGAGAAUGGUUGCACGACUCAAAGAAUGUAGUCAGCGUCUCUAAAUUUAAGUGUAGAAAUGGUUGGAUUGGUGUAUGUUUUGCUGUGUAUAUUCACAACAACAAAAUAAAAAAUAAUAAAUGGGCUUAAGAAAACCACUUUGUCAGUUUGUCUGGGUCGUAUCCUACCCACUGAGCUGAAGUUGAGCACCUUCUUCUAUUUGGGGACAGUGGUCUACCUUCCCUUUGCCUCCUUUGAGUUUGCUUCUCCAGACUGGAAGCCCUCCCUGGGCGUCAUUCGAUCUCUGACCCCAGAGCCCACCUAUCCUCAUUCACUAGCUGUCUGCCUCCCUACCCCAGCAAUGGAGUUGGAUUAUUUUAGCUGGACGUAAUUGCAAGGAAAUAAUUUUGUUCAAAUUCAUCAAAUCGCUCCUCUGCCUUUCCAGGGUUGAAUUUGCUCUGCCAGUUCAUUAAUAUUGUUUAAAAUGGGAGGGGGGAGAACAGAGUAUCAAGAAGGCUAAAUAACAAAUAGUAUUUUUAUCUUGUUGGAAAAUGGUAAAGCUGUCCUUGAUUAAUUUAACUAUUGACUAAAUACCUUUAGUAUUGUUUCACAUAUUUAUACUAUAAAUAAGUAACUAGGUUUAGCUAGGGUCACUGUGAGUCGUAAUUGAUAGCAGUGGGUUUGGUUUUUUGGUUUUUAUGAGUGACAGAAAAUCCAAAAUGAUAGUGCUUUAGGCAAGUUAUAAUUUUAUUUCCUUCUCGUGUAUAAGUUCUAGGGAUUUUGUGGUAGCUCCUUGAUCAUCAAGAUCCCUAGAUCUUUGUCUGGUUAAGCCGUAAUCUGCAACUGAAAGUUUCCAUAUCGUGGUCCAAGAUGGCUGCUCCAGCUCUAGCAGUCAUAUCUGCAUUCUAGCUAGCAGGAAGAACAAGGGGUGCCUUCCACUCCCUCCACCUUAAAGAAGUUGCAUGCACCACUACCCGUUACAGCCCAUUGACCAGAAGUUAGUAUCAUGUAUGGCCUCACCUGGUUGCAAAGAAGGCCAAGGAAUAUAGUCUUUAUUCUGGUUGGCUUUGUGCUCAACUGAAUAUAAAAAAAAGGGGGGUCCUAUUUCUAUUCUAAUGUUACAGAAGAAGGAGAACAGAUAUUGGGGACAGAUAGCUUAUUUUUGCCUUAGUUUGCACUAUUCCUCCAAUAAAAGUAAAAAUCUGGAUUUUUAUUCUUUAAAAGAAAGUACCUUCUAUAGUGCUGAAUACAUGGAGGGCACUGUGCUCAGUAAUCGUUUUUUAAAUGAGUGGUAAGAAGUCAGUAAAUAUGUAUUGGUUGAUUAAAUAAAGUUCAGUGGUAAAGAGCUUGGCUGCUAACCGAAAGGUCUGCAGUUCAAAUCCAACAGCCACCCCUUGGGAACCCUAUGAGGCAGUCUACUCUAUAGGGUCACUAUGAGCCAGAAUUGACUCGAAGGCAACGCGUUUGGUUUUGGUUUUUGUCACUCAAAGAUGUAACUAAUAGGAAUAAUGAUUUACUAAAAAAGAGAUGAAUAGAGUUAGAGACAAAAAAAUAAUUCAGGAUUCAUUGUUGUUAAGUUCAAGGAACAUUUAAUUUGAGGAAGUGAAGAUAAAUGUUAAAUGAAGCAUCUAUGUUCUCCCAAUCAUAUGUGUAUUUUAAAACAUAAGGUAAAGCGAUACUGGAGUCUGUAGUAUACCACCUUCGGUUCCCUGCUGCUCAGGUCUUGGGGCCUCUUGGUAAACAAACACUUGAAAUUAUAGGCUCUUUCCCUAGUUUGCCAACCUUUAAAUUAGAGGUAAGGCAGGUUAACUGUAAUAUUUGUACAUUCAAGAUGCAAUACUUCCUUUUCAUAAAUAAUGUUUUUUGGCUUCCUGCUGCAAAAGUAACUACUUUGUUUGAAUUUAUUGAAGAUAUAAAGUAGGAGACAUUAUGUUCAGAAGAUUAUGUUUUAAAACAAGUCAUUUAGCGGGGCAUCUGCACCGCAGCGGGAAACUCAGAAUUAAGUCUAAACCUGACCUUAACCCAUGACUGAUAGAAUUUAAGUGUGUUUAUUUUUACAAUGGCCUUAAUUUGGGGCUUGCAAGCUUUGUUUGGUUUGUUUACUUAUUCAAUUUUAGGGACCCUGGAACAGUAUGUUAAUUAUAGGAGUUAAGCUAUUUAUAAUUCUUAUGACAUGAAGAUCAGCAAAUUAUGUUUUUUCUUGGUUAUAAUAUGUCUUACAAAAUAUCUCAGAAAUGUGUGAGCUUUGUGUCUUAACAAUGUGCUUCCCCCUCUCCCAAAAAAACUCCCAUGCUGCAAUGCUGGGAUUCUAACAGAGCAACUUCACUCAUCUGUUUUCUCUGUUUUAAUUCUCUUGGGAAUGUUGCCUUGAAUUACGUAAAGCGCAAGCAGUUACUGGGAAUGUUUUCUACACAGUUCGGAUCAUGUACAUAAAUUUCAAUUUGAUUUUCACAUUCUAGAUUUUUUUCCCUAGCUUUGCUGAUCGUUGAAUUUCAUAAUCACGUUGACUUUGAGCUAAAUUGCAUUGAAUUUUUAUCACCCUCAUCCAUAUCAAAUCCUACUUUUUUGAUAGUUUGUUGAAUGAAUGAUGAAAAAAAUAUGUUAUCAGAGCCUAGGAGUAUUCCAAGACUACUGCACAGUAGCUAGUGGUGGUAGACACUUAGUAAAUGUUUGUUGUAUUAAUGAGCGAAUGAUCCUAAGAUGAUUUGUAGUUAAUUACCUCUAAGUCACGUUCAGAUAAAAACUGUCAUUUUUUAUGACCGAUGAAGUGUUGGCUUCCUGGAAACCCUGAACCUGGCCUUUUCUAGAGCUAACAUAUGAACAGAUUGUUCUUUGUCGA